AUGGCCAGUCAUCAGCAGACCGAGCUGUCAUAUGCCUGGGAAAAGUACAUGGACUGUAGGCUGCAGGGAGCUGAUCUGCAGGUAGGAGCCGGUGUGAUGAUGGAGCACUCUGCUCUUCUCCUCUGGCUGGUGCUGAUGAUGAUGAUGAUGAUGGUUACUUUUAGGUCCCAAAGAAAGCUCCAAUUGUUUUAACAUUUGUUGUUUCAGUUACUUUUAAUUUAAAGCUGCUGUGAGACACUUUUUUUGGUGAUGAAACUGGUUUGAAUUAUAGUCCAAGCCACAUUAUGACCUACAAAUACAAACAAGACCAUCAGGAAAGAGACAGAUUAUUUCUACGGUCUAAUUUUUCUCAAAGUAAAACAGACAGGUUAGGAAAUCUGUUAAAAACUGACAUCAAUAAAGCACAGGAAAUGUAGUGAGAAAUAUCAAUAACUUUUAGAGAAAAACAAACAUUUUAUUCAUUAAAAGUGAUACGGAAAAGUUUUAUUGAAAGAGCAGAUCUUAAAAUCCAAGUGCAUCACAAAAACCACCAGACAGGUCCCAUAUCCAGUUGUUUAUGUAAAACAGACAGCAGCAAAAUAAAAAAAUAGUUUUUACUGACGCAAUCAAACUGUCAUACAUUUAAGUCAGAGCGACCUAAAUUCUUGGAGCUCCUCUUGAAAUCCAAGUCACAUAGAGCUGCAGUGAGGCAUCAAAAUACAUUUUUAAAGAAAACAGAAACUAUAACAGUGCUGGAAAAAUAAAGAAAACAAAUAAUCUGAAUGUUAGACCAGGACACUUUUUAAAACCAAAGUUUGUUUGUGCAGCACAAAGGCAGGGGAGUUACAAAUGACACACCUUGAAGGGACUAGAUUUAAUGAAGUGAACUAAAGAAAAAGAGGAACUGAGAAAUGUUUUAACAAAACUGGAAAGCUGUUGAUUAUGUGUUUGUUUACUUUUUUGUUUUUUAUAAAGUGUCCCAAUACAAUAGACAGCUGUACACACAAACACUCAACGAGUUACAUAAGUAAAAGUAAUUAAAAGACAUUAUGUACAUUACUUAGUGGAAACAUGAAAUAUGAGCUGAAUUCAGAACUUCCAAGUUGUGAAAAUGAAAUAGUUCUCGUACUUGGUUCUGUUUGCUUAACAUUCGCUUCUUUUCCAAGGUAUUUUAGGAGCCAUAAUGUUGCUUUGCUUAUCAGUUAUCCUGUGUUCGGUUACUUUUGUCUUGUUGCUAUCGCUCUCGCUGGGUUUGGGUCAAGUGGGCACUGAGUUUGAAAGCCGGUAGUUUAUAUAAGGGCGGUCUUACCUGCACUGGGGUGGAGAGGUGAGCCUAGGUAGCCGUAAUUUUUAUUGACCGCACUUUAUUUCUUUUGUUUGCAGUGAUACACGUCGCGAAGUGUACACAAAUGACAUUGGAUGUGCGCGUGUGAUGAAAUGUGUGCUUCUAUGGAACAGCAGCAGCCGCAGCCGCAAUACCGGGAGCUGUCUUGUUCCUGCUUGAUUUCGAUUGGUUGGUGGUGAAGAAGUGGUGUUGAGCUUGAACGAGGCAGUGUCCCAACUUCAGUUGUUUGAGGCUUGAUCCUGAAAACCAUGAACUGAGUUGGUUUGCACUGAAAACAGGCGCUAAAAUGCUGCUUGUGGACACAGGCCUUAAUCAGAAUCUAGCCAACGACGAUUUGACUUGUUUAAACCUACAAAUACAGGUUUAGUGAUUGUUGUUCUUCCCUCUUUAAAAUAAAAAUAAGUUCAACUUUUUCAAUCCUACUAUUUGGCCAAACAGCUGCAGGGAGCUGAGGCCUGAUUCCAAACUAAAUAAAAAGUUCCCUGAGAUAAUAUCGUCCAACAGUAGCAAACAUUGUUCUGAGACAUUCCUUUGGACUGCUCUCUCUGUUAUUUAAGGAACCGAAAUUAACUUCAUCUGGCUUUUCCAUAACCAGCAUGACCUCGAAGAACCUGGUGAAAAUAAUGUUCAGCUGAUGAAGAUUAUACAGAAAAUCUGACUAAGAGAGAAGAAGGGAGGAGGACUGAAAUAUAACGGUCAAACACACAAGCGGAGAGUCGUUGCACAGAGGUGUAGGCAGGUGUAAACCACAGAUUGUGUCCUGAGUGUUGCAGCAGAGCUCUUGUGUUUCUGAGUUGUGAGAUGAGUUGUGGUUGAAGUGAAAUCUCUGUCAGAUUUCUCCCAGUCCUAAACCACUGCUGCUCUUUUCUCCCCCUCCUGCUGUCAGAGAACAAACUGCAGCCACAUCACGAGACAUGGAUUAGGAUCAAUCUGCACACACGCACAAACACACACCCACACACACUCUGCCUGUCUUUCACAAACACACACACACACACAGAGGUUAGAUGGUUUAUCUCCUGCCUCUUUUAUGAAUCAUGUGCAGGCCAACCUUUAAAUACAGACCUGCUGUUCUUUUUGAAGCCAGUGAGUGAUCAGGAAGUCUGUAUAUAUGCCCGGCAGCUGUGUCCCUAUUUUUCAGACGCUGCGAUAACGCCAGAUUGGUCGUGUUUCAAAUUAUUAGGAGGAAGGAAUUCAGAGUUAAUUCAUUUUUUACUGCAUCCUUUAAAUCUGCCUCAUAGUGAAGGAUUCACCUUCAGAAUAAAAGCAUGCUGUAAAAAAACAAGGGCAAAAAGCUGAUUAUGCUUUUACUGUGAAAUGCAUCCAGGGAUCGUAACAUGCAUGGGAAGUUUUCUGCGGGUUUAGUGCAUUAUAAAGUUUAAACUACAGUAGGUCAACACUUGCAGUAAAAAACAGUCAAACUUGAGAUUGAAAUCUCUGCUUUGUUUACACGCAUUUCAGAUCCCUCCAAAACGACGAGUUUAAACACUUUUAGGUGUAAGUAUUUGUUUUCAGCUCAGUAGCUUGCGAUUGAAGUUAAGAAAUGAGAAGGGCCUUAAAUCUUAAACUUUUUGAAACCAUAAAUUCAUGAUUUUCUUGAGCUAGUUCCAGAGAAGCCUACAGGACUGAGAGGCCACAGGAGUGGCUGGAGUAGCUACACAGACCAGGAUUCACGGAAAACCGACCAGACUGUCUUAUUUCAGUUUAAGUGAUCUACCUAGUCUAGAAAAACUGUGUCUUUAGAGGUAAACCACCCCUGAAUUUGGACACAGCUAUCGUUCGCUGAACAACUGAAGAUGUUGUCUCCUUUUAAAAUCUGUCCUAGUGUCCCUGAUGAUUGUCUCUCUGUAGCUGCUCAUCAGUUGAGAAGAAACAGCCUUUGAACGUGACAAAGAAAAUUGUGUAUGACUCUGAUGCAGAUGUCUUGUCAUCGUUUCUUUGGCGUUGUGUUAUGCUUCAUUGCUUUGUUAAUCACAUUAUUGUGCGUUAGGAUAUUAGCUGAAGACACGCCGCUGUUUCGUUCUUCACACUCAGGCUUCUGCUGCACCAAACAGGCAACCUGUCUUCUCGCCAUCGUUGGUAACUGUUUACGUCACUUUGAGGACUCUCUUGGGACGACUGUGCUCGCGUCUCCACUUCACAGUAAUCAAAGACACGGGUGUGUGUUCAUGUGUGUAUGAGAUGCAGAAAGAUGGCGAAUCCUGCACAGCUCUGCUCUCUGGUUUGCUGAUACUGUAGCUUUCCCUCCUGAUUAGAUCUGCCGGGGACACGGUGGUAAGGAUACUGUGAAACUGCUGGUAUAUUCCAGCUCUGUCUUUACAUCCCAUCCCCAAAAGAAAACUGUAUUCUGCACAUUCCUAUGAUCCUGUUUGCUUGUCAUCCAGAGAUAAACAUGACAAAGCGAUUGUGGAAACCGUCCAAAAAACAGAGAGGCUCUCGUCUUAUCGCACAUCAGACGGUACGGCUCAGCCCUGCUGUUGUGUACCCGGUCCUGUGAUCACACUUUAAAGUGAAAUACGGAGGGCAAAACGACACCUUCUCCAGCAGUUCCCAGAAAAAAUGACGUGAAAGUCCCGAUUCUGCUGCACCAGCCUUUUCUCAGCCUCUCUCAUCUUUCAUCUUUUGCAUUAUUGCCUCUCAUCUCUCCUCUAUUUAUCUUUAUUUCUGUCAGGAUGGUUCUGCAGCUUGUUCACUGAUAGGGCAGCAAUAGAACAGGGUCUUGUUUCCGAAACAGAGCAGAGCCUCCUUACUGAGAGUGUAAAUAUACCAUAAAACCUGAAUAUGGCUUCUCAUAAACCCCCUUUUAACCUCUUCCCUAAGAAAUCACAGGAUACUACACAGUAUUAGAGGACAUCGAUAAACUUACGGUCAUUGUGCUUCACGACUUUUACUUUGGAUUUUAAGGCCUGAGGACUGAGAAGGAGCACUUUCAGACCCAGGGGUGUCUUUAAGGAUCAGGGGGAAACCUGGUAUCAGUAUUUUACGUGCAGUUGUAGCAGUUCAAGCAUCGAUCUUUGAUAGAUGGAGCACUAUAUCAAGUUAAUAACCCAUACAGAUGUGAAGUUAUGCUUCUAAAAUGAAUGAAAAACUGCUCCUUGUUUACUUUGAUGAUAUUGAAUAUUUAAGUGAAGUUAGUAAAGGUCAUAGUCGUCUUUAUUAGAUUCAGAUUUUACAGUAAUUGGGUUUAAGUUUACUUUCAGCUGAGGUGGAGGAUGUACACCGGGGAUGUAACGGCGCAAAAGUUUAGUGUAACACAGCUUUUAAAAUUAAAGAAGUGGUUAAUGGUUUCGUUAAAGAGUUUCCUUCAGGGGACAAAAUUUGCAGCUCUGAUUAAAGUACAUGAGGAAGUCACACUCAGCAUAUUGCAAAACAUCAAAAUCCCAUUAAUCUGAAUCAUGUCAAAACGACGAUAUUGCGUAAUUUUUAUAGGCAGUGAUUCCGUUGAUGAAGUUUGACCAUUUAAGGGCCUGUGUCCACUCAGUGUUUCUGUUUUUGUGAUUAAUCUGAUGUAAGCAAACAUCACUUUAGAGAGUCACACGCUUCACCUUUGCUUCUGUCACCCUCCUCUGCCACCUUUACUCUUAGUUUGGUGGUUCAGGGGUGUUUAAGGACUCGGUGUGUGUGUAGAGUUCGCAGUCUGCGGUCUUUGCUGCUCUUUGUCCAAUAUUGUAGUGAAACAAAUAAAAGUGCAUUUGUAGGUCAGUUUGGGUAAACGCCCCCCUUCCCCGUGGAAGGUUAUCAGGAGGACACAAACCCUGACUCUUCCUCUUUUUUGUCCUGACUGAGACAACAGCUCUCAAUAUAAAUCAUCCUGAAGUAGAACAACAGAAACCACGCUCUCGACGGGGAUUGAGGAAACUGUGGGGACUGCUGUCGUGGAUCUGCAGGCUCUGUUCAGAGUGGAGAGUUUUGGCUUUGUUGUUGUUGUUGCACCCCUCAUCUGAAAUGCAAAUUUCCAACUGUGGAUUAUGAUCUAGCACCCCUGUGUUGUAUUUAAAUAAAUCUGCACCACAGUGCCAGAACAGUAAGAUUGGUAGCAUAGCUGUGAAAAAUCUCUCAGUUCCUUCAUGGAGCCCAAACUCUCCCUGUUUGUAAUUUCCACCCCUGAUAAAAAGGAAAUCAGGACUGGGCACACUUCCUUCAUAUUAUCAGCGGAGAGGCUUUUCUAUUCUGCCUAAUCUUCAUGAGCCUGUUUAAUUUAGCUGAACUGUUACCUGGACAGGAGCCAUGAGAGAGACUACGGUUUACUGCUGGUGGAAUGUUGAGUUUCAUUAUGAGCCAACAGGAUGUUAUAAAACACCAAAGUGAGCUGUUUCAAGCACUUCACUUUUUUGUUUGUCUUGUAGUGACAGACAUCGACUGACUGACUUUGUUGGCCCUGCUUCAUUCUUAUACCCAGGAGUUUGUCAGAGUUUGUCAGAGUUAUUAAUUUGGCUGGCUUUAGCUUUUUGCAUUAUAAUGAAUGACCUGAAGAGACACUUCUCUGCAGGGUGAUGGAACCAUGGGAUGCAUUUUGUGAGUAUUAUUGUGCAGCUGCUUUAAACGAGUCAUGUUUACGAUGUGAACGUCCUUUAUCUCUUCAUUUCAGUAAACCUCUAACAACACAUACUCAUUCUUUAAGCCGGAUAUAGAGAUUUUUAUGAAUUAGGACAACUCCAGCGCACACAACUUGUCAUUAAGCUCAUUUUUGUGCUUUGCAUUCCUGCUGCGGUUAAGCCCCGAGUGCUCGUCUGAAGGAGAUUAAACUUGUCGAGCAAAGCAAAAGGUGAAAGCGGCGAAUACUAAGGAGGGAGCAGGGAUGGUAGGGCUGUUUCACCUUCAUCGUAGAAGUUAAUUAUUUGGCUCGUCAAGGCUUAACAAAGUGAAACGCACCAUACUUCUGUGAAUACAAAAGGAGUUUUUGUGAUAAACUGUGCUGUGCAUAAAAUGUCUUUAAAUGCACCAUCAGAAACUUGUUUGAUUACUGAGCUAUCCCAAUGUUCAGCAGUAAUGUCAUAGAGUCCUAUCUGAGUCUAACCCUUGGCAGUCAGGGUUUGAAACCAGCAUGCAGCUGCUUUCCCUUGGUCUUCUUGCUGUGUCUGGAUAUAACUGAAAACAAGCGAGCAGCAGCUCAGCCUGCAGCCUCUUUCCUCCGGUUUUCUUGCUGUGUCUAGAUAUGACCUAAAAACAAGCUAGUAGCAGCUCAGCCUGUAGCCUUUUUUCCUGUUUUUCUUGCCGUGUCUGGAUAUAACCUAAAAACAAGCAAGCGGCAGCUCAGCCUGCAGCCUCUUUCACCCGGUUUCCUUGCUGUGUCUGGCUUUAACCUAAAAACAAGCUAGCAGCAGCUCAGCCUGCAGCCUAUUUUCUUCCAGUUUUUUUUCUGUGUCUGGAUAUAACUGAAAACAAAGCUAGCAGCAGCUCAGCCUGCAGUCCCCUUAACCAUCCUUUUACAGCUUUAUUUUGUGUUGAUCUUUGAAUUGGUUAGACUCUAAUGGGCCGUCCAUCGCUGCUGUCAUGUUCUGCCACGGUUGACUUGGAUUUUGUCAUUUGUUUUGUUUUGUCGUUUGACUCUCCAAAGAGCACCGUCCUGUACUGAUGAUGUUUGGUUUUGCAUCGAUGAGGAUUGCAUCAGAGUGAUCAGGUCAACUCCUGUUUUCUUUUCCUAGUUUGAUGUCCAGGAGUACCAGCUCUGCAGGAAUUAGUGUUGCUGUUAAAACUUGUUUACCUGCUUUAAGGUGUGUUUCAACGGACGACUUUACUGUCACGAGUCCAGAAUGAUGAAAUAGUGCAGGCUGCUGUCACUCCCUCCUGGUUGUAGCUCCACUUAACUAAUUUAAAUGAUAAACCACAUAAGCUUUUCACAAUAAAAGCCUCUGAUUGUUUUGUUGUUGUAGUUGUACCUUCAUUUUGGAACAGCUGUGUUCAGCUCGCAGCCCGUCUCAGCAUGUUUUUCUUGCCAAAAAGUGUCAGAAAAACGCAAUUUAUCAUAAUUACUAGUUUAUAUGACCAUUUGAGAGGAAGGUCCUACUGGAAACAAACUGACAGCAGCUCAGCUCGCAGCCCCUCCUGAGAUCCUUUGCUUAUCAAAGAGGGUCAGAGAUCCACAUCCAGGUUAACCUAAGACUGUUUUCUCUAUUUAAGUUGAUUUAAAUCACUGUCUCUCUCUUUAGAUGAUGGUUUCACCUCUCUGCAUGAUUCAGCUAAAGGAUUGCAAAACUUUUCUAGUACCAAGUUUUCAAGGUUUAAAGUCUGCUGUGUUGUUGCUCCUGUGCUGCUCUGCGUACAGUAAGGCAGGAAAUGAAAGUGCAGAAACGCGUGUCGACUCGGGUUCUUCCUGAUCGAUGACUCAAACUCAUAUCGGAGCCGCUCUUGAUUUUUUUCCAACCUAAACUGACGUCAAACUAAGAGCCCACCACACCAGACUGCAUUCACACCACCAUGAGAAUUAAUUCAGCUCUCAUGCUUUCAGGGUUAAUAAUGACUAAGCUGAAGAGAUGUGGGAGUUUCACACCAGAAGCUCUUCUUCUCCUCGCUUGUUAUCUGAAAUUACCGAGUCUGUGUGAACAAUGCUGUGCUGAAGUUUCAGUCGUGUAAAACAGUCUGUAAAAGUAAAAUAUCUAACCUGGUUUUGUACCCCGUUUGACAUGAAUACUCCUACAUUUCACCGUGACUCAGGUCUCUGCUCUGGACAAGAAGCGUGCAGUCAGGCUGUGAUCAUGAUAUCUUGUGAUCGUCACACCACUUCCAAUUAAGAUCAUCUUCAUUUGAUCUAAUGUUGUGUGAUGAUGAUCAGUAUGCUCUGCCGUAUUUAAGCUUAAUGAACACACACUCUGAAUAGACUCCGUGCUCGACCUCAGGACGUGUUUCACAUCUGCAUUUAUUGUUCCACCUUCAGUUUCAACCCCACACCUCCUCGCUCUGGUCUCCAGGGCUGUUUUCAAACGAUCGGCUGAGCGGAUGAAUUAUUCAUCUUUAGUUCUAGGUUGACUCCAGCCUGUGCUCCGCCUGCUUUUUCCAUUCGGUUGCCUGUUAUGAAGUCUGAUCUCUCACUCAAAAACAGUCCUCUCUCAGUCCAUUAAGGGGGAGAGAGGCCAGAGUGUUGGUAUUGUUAUUUAGCCCCGGACCAGCUUGCACUUUAUCUCCCCUGUAAUGAAAACAAUGAUGAAGACAGCGGCACAUUUCCAUUUCCUCCACAGCAGCUGAGCUGGAAUAAAGGUCGCUGAUUGUGACACUGACAGAAACACAAACAUUUUUUUUUUAUUUCAGCCUCUUGACAUUUUGCAACUUGUCUAAAUGGGGGAAAGAAAAAAGAAGUCCGUGCGGCUCCACUCUCUGACUCUGAGUCGGUGAGGAAAUGCGGGACGUUAGGGGCUCCUCAUGACGCUCAUCACCCGAACGUCAAAUUAGAUCAGCAGGGGUCUGAAACCGGGAAAAAACAUUGCAUAACAAACGGCCCACGCCCUGCCUCACGAGGACAGGAUCACAUCUCUCUCUCUGCCUUUUGCCAAGUUGUAGUCCACCCAAUUACCCUGAGAGAGCUUGUGAGGAAAGUCUGUACCAGCGCGGGUGACUCAGCCGCCAGACUCCCAUGACUCGGCCUCCCAUGAUUGCCAUGUUGGACGAAGGCAGUGUAACAGAUACAGGUCACAGCCACCGUGUCCCAGCAGUUACAGGAACUCUACUCUUCCACUUUUCUAUUUUUGCAUCAAUUCUCCUUUUUAGCUUUUCUUGAAAAAAGACUUAGAUGUUCUCUUGAGUGUUUAAAGCUCCUGUGAGGAGAUUUCAUCUGCUCUCAAAACAGAAUAAAAUUAAUAUUCGUAUGACUCUAUGACCUACAAAAGCAGACAAAGCCAUCAGGGAUAAAACUGUAUAUUUUCAUGUUGGCAUUAAAAAUGUCUGAAACCUCUGGCAGGUGUCACUGUUGGAGGCAAAACAGCAACCCAGGUACCAAAGAGUCUUGAAACUUAAAUUUUUCAUGGUUUCAAACACCUCUUUGCAUGUGAAAUGUGACAACAGGCACUGCAGUCUUUUUGAAUCUGCAAAAUAUGUCAGAAUCAGAAUGUUUUCAACUCACCUUUGCAGCAAGUGCUCCCCAGUGCUGCUUAAAGGUGUAGUUUCAUGUUUUUUAAGUCUUGUUGUUCAAGAUUCUUGCCAAUAAUCGGGGAUUAGAUCAGCUACUCUGAGCUGAAACCAGUUGGAAAACCAGAAGGGAAACUAGGCUAUCACCUGCUGAAGAUGGGCACGAAUCUAAAAAGCAAUUAGGCUAAUUUCAACCAACUCCAUCCUGAACACUAAUAUCUGUCUAAGUGCUUUUCUUUGCCGUCAGAAACUCCAUCAAUUUCUGCAUCAUUAAUGGACUUUACACAUGCAUGUGCAUCAGUGAGUGGGUCUAUAAUGCUAAAGUUACCGAUAUACUGUAAAUUUUGAUAAUUUGCAUCUCAGUUUUUCUAAAUUUGAAGCACCAAAGGUUAAAGAUGAUCAUGCAGACACAGUAAUGUAGUGGGAGCUCUGUGCUGUUCUGUGCGUGAUGCAGACUGCAGCCACAUGCGAGCCGCUGUUGUCCUCUCAUUCAGAAAGGACAAAUUUUAAGUCUGUUGAGUCUUUUUCUCCCACUGUGAACUCCAGCUCCUCCACAGUGGCUCCAUGUUAUCAUUGCUGUCAGAAUCACUCAUUACUGUAGUUGUAUUUUUGUUUCUUUGAAGCCCACAGACCCAAUCAGCUUAUCAGUGAGCAGCAGGCAGAGGAAAAGUGUGUGCUGAGUGAGAACAGCACAAAAACAAAUCUGCUUUCCACCGGCAAAGUGAAGCACUAAAAAAUGUGCUAAUAGGGCCUUUACUUCCAGCGUGAACAGGGAUUUAGGUUGGCGUUUGUUAAAGUGAGCUAAAUUGGACCUGGCUCUGCCUGUAGCGGUUCAUGGCCAUGCUCCUGUUCUGGUUCUGUGGCUGGUCUCGCAAUAAGGAUCUCUUAUUAGCGGUGUGAAAUGAACACUGAUGGGACUUCACGUCCUCUAAGAGCAAACCAGAUCAUCAGCAACAAGAUCAGUUGUUCCUAUUGCUCAUCUUCCAGCCUAUCACGUGUCACAGGGUACAUUUCAGAUCAGAUGAUGCUUAAAAAAACCUUUUUUUAAAAAUCUCAAGAUUCAAUGAAAGUCACAUGCCAGACCUUUGAAAUGAAAAAAGUGCUUUAUUCCCCCCCAGAAAAGUUCACUUGAUCAUGUGCAAGAAAAUAUCUGGACGAUGAAGACUCGCUUUGACCACGAGGACGCCCAAGAGCAACACAGCUCAGAAGUUCCUCAUGUGCGACGACCAAAAGUGCAUCCAUAAAUGACCUCUUACUUAGAGAUAACCAAUGAUGCUCUCUUUCUUUAAAUCUAACUUCUCCUUUGACCUCUACCGGCAGGAAAAAUGGUGUAAUGAUCAAGGGAAAUCUGUAAGUGUGCGUCAGAAACACCCCAAGAGCCUGCGAGUGCCCACAUGACAAAUGAGCGAAUAAAGAAGUUCAUUAGUGCGGAGGAAAGGUCACCGCUUUCUUUGUUUACUCAAACGAGUACCCGCAGCUUUGAGAACUGUUGAUUUCCCUCCAAGAUGCAUUAAUCAGUAUUGGCAGUCUCUCCUUUAUCAAAUCAGCCCGGCCGGUUUAUGCCGAGUGCAUUGUAAUAUUGGAUUAAAGCCUUGGAGGAAAAACAACCCUGCUGCUGGGAAAUUAGUGUUAUCGUGAACUCCUCAGUUUCCCCCUCCCAAAUGAGGAAAAGAGCCACAGUAGGUUGAGCGAUAACGCGAGGACGAACCGAGUGGUUUCUCAUUUUGGAGAUACAUUUUAAUGGACUGGGUGCUCAGAUACAGUUUGUUUAUGAAACCAAUAACCGCUUUGGCAGCUUUGACGGUUUGAGUUCCUGCCAGUCACUUCCUGUUUAUCUUCUCCCUCAUCUGUUUGUGCAUUUAUUUAUUUCCACCUCCGUGUUAAACUCAGCUGUCAUGUUUUUAUCCCUGUCCUCUUCUCCUCUUUUCAUGAUUCAUGCUUUUCUUUUUUCUUCCUCCUCCUGUCUCCUCUGUGUGAUGUUGUCCAGCCCCCUGGUGUGCAGUGACCCCCCCACCUACCUACCUUCCUACCUACUGACCCACCCACCCUCCCUCUCACUGCUGUGGUGGGUCACCCUCUCUGCCCCUCCCUGACCCGGGUGAGUGUGGUCAUCUCUGCACCUUUAGUUCACUUUAUAGGAUGCUCAACAUACUUGUGGGAAUACCGAUGUUUGCAAAUCCUUCUGCACAGCUCUAAUCCAUGCAUACCAGUUUGUUAAUCUAGGGGGACAGAUUUGUAAUCCGGGGGCAGGUAUUACUGCAAACUGUGUGCACAUAUGCACCUGUUUACAUAGGUUUGUGUACAGGAAACAGAUUUGUACCCACAGGUUUGUUAUCUGUGCCCAGAAGUUACCAAUCCAUCUACUGAUAAUAAAUCUGGACGCACAGGUUUUAAUCUGCCUGCAGGGAUUUGCAAACCUUGUACACAGAUUAGCAUUGACAUGGCUUCUUCGUUUUUUUUUUCUUGACCCUGGCAGCAGUGAUCUUUUGGUUGGCUUGUUGACUUUCUUGAUUUUUGACUGAUUUUCUUUCUUAUGAAAAAGUCAGAUUUGAUAAAAAAUAUAUAUAUAUGCCAUACCUAAAAAAAGAAUUGGAUUAGAAAACCCUUCGAGACUGAAGAUCCGAGAUUCUGAUAUUUUUAGACAUUGAAAGGAUCUUUGCAGACUUCAAACUUUAAAGAUUAAACAGAUAAAAACAGUCUGUCUAAAAUGAGUUUUACUACUUUACAGACGGACUGAGAAAUGCUGCAUUUGAGACCUCAUACUCCUGACAGACUCAAUUUCUUUUACAGUAUUUUAAGUCCAACUUAAGCGGAUGCAAAAAAAGUCCUGCAGCUUCUUUAGUUACUUUGGUAUUUGACAUGAUCGGCUGAAAGAGGAAGCUUUAGAUGUAACCCAAAGUGCAAAGAGCAGUGAUUAUAUAAAAACAAAAACUUGAACAUUCUGACAAAUUUAACUUCUUGUUAUUCCACCUGUUUCGCCUUUUUGUAGUUACACAAGAAUCUGCAGUGAAACAUGUUGUUUAAAGAAGUCGUGCAGCUCUCUCUGCAGCUGAGGGAUUUGAACAGAAGAAGAAAUUCUGUAUGUACAAAAUACUGUCGUGUUUUUCUUCACCUUCUCCUCCUACAUCUUUUUUUUCUUUUUGUCUUCAGUGCCAGCUCAAGUAUAAACUUAUUCUAACGCUCCUCACACAGGAAGUCCGUUUUCUCACCAUGUUGUUGUAAAAAAUGAACUCGCUGGUUUUUCUCGAAGAGCAGCCUCGGUCUUUCCCCUCGCAGUGACGGUUUGCAGGAGGCGCUCAGGUGUGACCAAACAGCAGGCACCUGAAUAAUUGAUUCGAAGUCCCUCUCUAGAGUUUUAGUCUCAGGGAGUGAGAAAAUCUGUUUCAUGGAUACGCAGGGCUGACGCAGAUACAUGUACGCUAUAAAUGCACAGGACAGUAAACACACCAGAACUGGAUAAGAUGAUAAAUUACUCCAUUAGGCACAAGCUGUUUCGUACACACCACAUUAUAUAAAGAUCGUACAACACAUACAGGACAUGUAAUAAGACUUAGACAAGUUGUACUUUUUACCUCACAGCUCUCGCACCAUGACUGACUUGACUAUUCAAUCAAACGAAAGUGAAAAUAUGAUCGUUCACAGAGCUCCAGCAGGGUCUUUAUUUUCAGUAAACUGGUUUGUUGUUGCUGCAAAAGGGCUGUAAAUUUCUCUGUUAUGAAGUCUUCUUUUGACUUCUGCCAGAAUACGACUAUGGAAGAUCUAAUGUCCAAUAAAUAUUCACAGUUUUAUCUGUAGGUAUACCAGAUAAAGAAAAAAUGUGGGUCUAGAGUAAAAAUCACAAAUCUUUCCAACAUCACUUUUCCCUCCAUAAAAAAACGUUAAAGCUUUUUUAAAUCAUUAUUUUAUCCUGCUUUCUCGGCUGCUACGACUCCAGGAUGUUAAACUUUGAUACAAUCCUAUAAAAUGAUUAAAUGACAGUGGCACGUGUUUUGAUACCGUGCACUAUAAAAUGAAGUCCUUGGCACCAAAGUUUGGGUAAUUUUCUGCUGGUAGUGAAAAUACAGACCAACAUUUCACGUGCUGCUAACGGUGAGGAAAGCCAUAGUGACCUACUUCAGGUGUUUCUUCUCCGCAGCAGAUCACACACAUACAUUUUUUCUCCUGCUCAAAUCUGUUGGACAUCUGUGUUAAAAAAAAACAUCUCAAAGUUCUUAACAUUCCUCUGAACCCAUGUUACUGCCAUCUUUGGUGCGUCUCCUGUUAAAAUCAAGUUCACCAAACAUCAAACUGACCUCGGUGUGUUUGCCGCCUUAAUAGCCAAGCGUAGUUUAUUACUACGCUGCAGGGACCCUAAUCCUCUGGGCUCGAGCUCAUGGUUGAAGGACUUAGUGUCCUUCCUCUACUUAGGAAAAAACAAAGACUGGAGCUGAGGAUCUAUGAAAACGUCCCACAAAACUUUAGACCCCUUUGUGUCCCUGUACCAAGUUUUUAAGUCUGAUAAAUAAACGUAAAAAAGAAAGUCAUAAAAAAGAAAAUAAGUGUAUAAACAAAAUUAAAUGAGCAUAUUCACUCUGAUAAAUUCAUGAUCUGUAAUAGUGUGUGGUGGUGUGUCCCUUCAUUUUCAAAGAUUCUUAGUUAAUCUCUGUGCAGAAUAAAGCUCUAUCAAAACUCCGCAGGACCCUUAAGGGACUAAACGAAGUGUCAGUAAUUUCUGAUCUGUGAGUUAAGAGUAAACUUGAGCCAUUUGUGCAACAAUAAGUGCUGCAAAGAAACAAAAUCCAGCACCUUUGCACAUUUACACAGAGUUAUGAAAACCUCUGCACCUGUAGAGUAGCUGUGCAUGAUUUCCACCUCAAGAAACUCCUCGUUUAUCUCACACUGGUGAAACCUUCAGUUCAGAUUCAGUUUGAAACACUUUAUUUUGGUUUAUUUUCCAGUGUUUCAAAGUUAGACUCAGCUUGGGGGUGUUACCUUUUACACAGCUUUGUAGUUUUGGAAACAUGUCCAGGAUUUACACCUUCACACGUGUAUCUUAUAAUCUGAAACUGUGCUGAAUUUUAAUGAGGAUCCAACAUUGUAACAUUGUGUGUGUUAAAAUACAGAUCACUAUAAUAGGUCUCCUUUAAUUAGUUCAUUAGAGAACAACUGCUGAGUCUUAUUUCUCAGUGUUGCUGCUUUAUUUAUCCACAACACAUGCUCUCUCUCUCUCUCUCUCUCUCUCUCUCUCUCUCUCUCUCUCUCUCUCUCUCUCUCUCUCUCUCUCUCUCUCUCUCUCUCUCUCUCUCUCUCUCUCUCUCUCUCUCUCCACUGUUUUCUCUUUUGUUCAGCACAACUUUAGCUUGAAAAUAUGACUCUAGAUCUGCUUUUAUAACUUUUAGUGCUUUUUGAAAUCAGAUCUAAAGAAAUUGCACUAAAAAUCUGGUCACCUUUAAUGCAUUCUUUGUGUUUCUGCUCACAUGCUCGCCGUCUCACCCUCCUUUAGCCGUAUCUGUAAGGUGGAAUAAUGUGAACAGACAGUCAAAUCAGUGCAUUUUUACUUUCACUUUCUCUUUGGAUUAUCUUUUAACCUUAAUUACAGGCAGUAAAUCGCAGAGCCUCCCCAUAUAACCUCACUUUCCUUCAGCUGUGUCCAUCAGAUUGUAAAAGGGAGUGUACUUAACCCUCCUUUUAGGUUGUCCUUUAACUUUUAUGACAGGUGGCUAACUGUAACACAGAGCAAUUUAAUAUCUUUGAGAGCGAUUCGGACACAUUUGAAGACGGGAUAACACGCCGGAUUAAGUAUGAAAAUCUUUUUAUUUUCAUUACUGCUCAAAGAGUUUAUUUAAAAAUACAAAAUAUCGUACGUUUUGAACUUAUCUUAAAGCUGACUUGACGUGCUGAGAGGAUCAUAGACCGUGGAGUCUGAGCUGCUCCUCCUUACACUACUUUAAAAACCAGGAAUAUUGUACUCUUUAUCAUUGGCUGUAUUUGAAAGUGUACUGCUCCAGUUUUACACAGCACGUUUAAUAUAGGAACAAAGUACAGCCUUAAAAGAGUUAGGUGUUGUUUACAAGUGAGUUUACAAGUUUGUGUGUGAAUGAAACAGAAUUUUUGCUACCUGGUUUCAGACUUAUGUUUUAGGUGAAUUAGGGUCAAAAUGGACAAAUGUACAUAUUUAAUGGUUACCAGAAUAACUGCACAAAUUCAGAGGUGUACUGUCUUUCCAUUUUGACUCACAGAAUUAAAUACUAAUAUCAGUAACACGUCUGUGCAGAUGUUUUUUUACUCAGUCACUAUCACGUCACAGCCUCCGGAGGUCAGACUGUGUGUAAUGUGAUUGGUGUUCAGUCUGCUCCUCGGCUUUGUGACCCAGACGCUCAUUCAGGGAUCAGCUGGCCUGAAUGACUCCAGUCAGAGGUGUCAGAUUAGCCGAGGCGUUUGGUAGCUCUCCUGGAUGAUGCGAGCGAAGGCGGGAUGCCGGCUUAGAGAAUCACCUGUCUGCCGGGAAGGUCGUAACACUGAGAGCGUUAAUGCCGUUUAAAGCGGUUAGCUGGACUCUUUCACUGCUAGGAAAGUCCAGAUUGCCUCAUCGACUCAGGAAGGGGGAGAGAUUCCUGCUGUGAAGCUAGACCGGCUUUAUCCUUAUAUGGUCAAUGUUUCCUGCAGAUUCAGGGAUUCUUUGUACUUGAAAAAAUUAAUACACACGAAAAACUAAAAAUCACCUUACUCUUACUCGCUUUAAUAUAAGAUAAUCAACCUGGGAGCGUUAUAUCAUGAUGUUAUUGUUAUCAUAUUUUGAAAUGCUUUUUGUGAGUCUACUCAUAUUCUCUGCUGCCUGUUAUUCAAGUGAUAUGCAACCAUGGUUACAUAGAGUCCUGUCCUAAUUUCCAUGGAAAUGAGAGUUUACUGCCGUAUCUGAUCCCUCUGCACUUCACUCUGACGCACUACCAUUUAGGUAAUGCGGCCUCAAAUCAAUAUCUCGAUAUAUUGAGCAGUUCACCUCGAUAACAAUAAAUGGAUAACUACUCCACAAGACGUUCACCCCCUCCCACAUUAACUUUGUUUACUCCAGCCGUGACAACUUCUGAACCGUCCUCCAUCUCCUCACCUGUCUUUCCCUCUUUGUUACAGACUGGUUGGGGUGGAGUCAUGUCUCUGAUGUAGGACAGCGUCUUAAAGGGACAUGAGACCAAAGCCUACCUACACACAUCCAAAACCAACUUUUAUAUAUUUAUGUAUUUGACACCGGAUAUACCGAUAUUGGCAAAAUGACGUCGGUUAUUGUUAAAAAUUUUGGUAUCUGUAAAUUUGCGGUUUAUCACCCAGCCCUACCUCGUGUGCAGUAUGUACUACUUACAGGAUCUAAUGGUGUGAGGGGAAGUGGUCCUGCCUCUGAUCCCCCUUCAUAAGUGUUAACAAAGGUCAAAUAAACUGAAGAAGGUGUAGAUGUGCAGCAUUAAAUCAGAGCUGGAAGGGUGGAACAGCACCGUGUGUGUGUGUGUGUUUGUGUUUGAAUAUGCUGCUCCUGCUGUGUGUUUAUACGCAGGAGAAGGUAUUUAUGCACUCUCUUUUUGUCUGAUACCCACCCAGCAGCAACUUUUACACAAGUUAGAUAAUACUGAAUAGAAAUCACCAAUCUUGUUUAAAGUGUUACUCUUAGUCCACUUCAUAAACUCUAAAAACUUCCUCACUGGAGCUUUAAUGCUUCAGUUGUCCAAAAGUGUCCUCAGCACUCUCUGGUUCUCAUGUUUCUCUCUGUUUGGAGGACAGAAAAGAGGAAUGAAAUACACAGACUUUCUGCACUGAGUCUGACCUGAUAAAUCAAAGUUAGAGGACGAGCGUCACAUAAUGGCAUUACUGGCUGUUAUAUCACUUUAUUAUUGACUGGACCAUCAUGUGUAACGAUUUAAAACAUCAGAUCAUUUAGAUUCACGUCAGAAUGAGUUAUCAUUUUAAAGGCCUGUGUUAUUUUUGUUCCCCUUCAUGUGAUUUUGAUUUAUUCUCAUCCUGAUUGUCUCUGUGUUCUCAGGUCAGUCUUCAGGGUCUGGAGAACUUCCUCUGUCUGUUUCACUACGUGCAGCAUCAUCCCAACCAAAACAAGGAUGCUCUGAAGUUCUGGUAGGUCACGUUAUUGUUGUUUUUACACCUUUAACUGUACGAAUAUGAUGGUUUUUGAAGUAGCUCUGCUUAUUUUUAGUAUUUUUAUGGCACUGGCUUGAUAAGAGGGACAGGCUAAAUGUAGUAGCAGAGAUUUCAGCCUCUUAUCUGUAAACUAAAUCACAGCACUGUCACUCAGAAGCCUGUCAUUUUAGGGGCUAGAAAUAGAAAAAUCAGAUAUGUGGAGAUUUAAUGCCGAGUUUGGACGUAUGAAGCUCAGACCAGCUGGGACACAGACUAGCCUCUAACAAACUUGCAGCGUCCUUGGCUCUUUGUUUGGCUUUUCCAAGGAAAAAGAUACCUGCAGGAGUGAGAAGCUCAUAUUCAUAAUUUGUAUGUCCCACAGCUAUAGUGGCGUCUCCAUUAUGUAAUCAUGCCGCAUUAGCUUUGGAGUACCUCCCUGCAUAGAUUUACAUAUUGAUGGGCGAAAAUGUGCGACAUUAGGCGCCUCGACAGCCUCUUGUUUUUAUAUUCGGUGCAGGGUAAAUAAAACACGCACAUAAACACACACAUGGACUACCUCGAGUUAAUGGAGGGUAUUAGCAUUCGUGUGCUGUGUGCUCCCUCGGCUGAAAAGUAAUUAGUUUGAGUGGUGUUUGGUUGAAAAUGGCUGAAAUAAUGUUGUUGUUUAAAGAAGAGCUUGAUGUUCCACUCUGUGAGCUCGACCAUUAAAUGUUGAAUUUUUUAAUUUUUGGAGCUUUUGUUUGUAAUAAUGAUGCUCUUCGCUGAGUGAUUUAGAACACACUGAACAUCAGAAGUGUUAAAUUAAAUGUCUGAAGUCAUUAGCCUGCAGAAUAACCCCUUUUUUUUUGUUGAGUCCACACUCUUCUUUGUUUUUCUUGUUUGGUUCUUUGCAAAUUAAUGAGGAUGUACUUGAAGCUUGCUGCAACCCUGAACUUUUAGGGUGUAAAAGAUUAAUAACCUAACUUCUUAAAAUCAUGUCCAUGAAGAGGGUCUCUGCUGGCAUCAUGCUUGUGCAGCCACCUACCACUAGCUGGUGCUGCCGCUCGAGUUUCCCAACGCUAUUAUGCUGUACUACCUGGAUGUAAACAAGCACAGCUGACAAAUGAAAUCUCAGUUUUAUGAUCCAGAAAAUGGAUAAAAAGUUGAUGUAGGAUGUCUAUGAGAUGGGCAGAAUCAGAGUGGUCAAGUCUCAAGUCUCUGAGGGGCGAUUCCAGGUCAAGUUUUGCAUAAUUUUAACACAUAAUGACAAAAUUCAGACGUUAUAGUCAUAAAAUAGGAGGUUCUUCAGUUUUAUUUAGCAUUUCCCCCCUGAAUCCGCCCCUGAUACCUGCACCUCUCUUCAUUUAGCAGCAGUCUGUCCUCACCUCUCUGUGUCUGAUCUUUUGGAAAAACUCAGUGGUAGCAGGACGUUUUCGACAGACCCUCAAAUGACAAAAUUUUGUUUUUGACAUUUUUAAACUCGUUUCCAUGAGAGAAUUUUCAGUAAAUAUACCCUCAUGUUCUCCAUAUAUGGGAAAACUGGACUGUUGCUGCACUGGGUGAUGAGAAGGUUACACAGGAUGACAUUCAGCUGGUAAUGUUAAUGGGCCGCAAUGACUGGACUGUAAUAUUAGGCUCGAGUCGACCAUGAGUUUAGCUGUGUGACAUAAAUUGAUCAGUUUGGAGUGUUUUCGUACUUUGAGACUUAGCCAAUUAGUCUGACUUUAAAUUUCCAUCCAAACAACUCUGAAAUUAGUCUCUUUGGAGCGGAAAGCAAACAGAUAUUUCCUUAUUUUUUACCCACAUUGAAACUGACGGUGCUGAAUGAGGCCUCAGCUGUGUAAUUAACUCAGUUAGAGAACAUCACAAUAAUUGGCCGGAGGGGAAGCACAGAUUUGAGAUCUGCCAUAAAGAGAGAGAAAGAGAGAGAGAGAGAGACGUCUCUGCAGGCGGGUGAUAUGAUAACCGCUCUCUGUUUACUGCGUCUCUAAUCACUGUCUUGUGGUAACCAUGAAACGGCAGAGAGGAGAGUGGCCAAAAACUGGUAGAGAAAUAAGUUUAAGAGCAGUCGUGCUUUUAAUACUUCAGAAGAACAUGACGGAUGAUAAGAGUGCUGCAAAAUUUUCCUGUGAUUAUUGUAUGAUAAAAAUUUCCUGGAAAGACAACCUGGACUUUUUAAAAAUUAAGUUUGGAGGCAUUUAUCUUUGAACUCAUGAAAUAUUACCUGAUAGAUGUAGGAGGCAGGCCAGUCAGUAGGGGGAGCUCCAAAUGUUUUGGCUUCACUCCUGGGAAUGUGUCCUGACGUUCUCCUCUUAGAGCCAAUGAUAUUAGCUUUUAUGCAGAAACUCUUGUCCAAUCAGGAAACUCGAUCUGAACUAUCUGUUACAUCAGUCCUACUUGUUUUAUCUGCGGUCUCUGAGGCGUUUACCGCGGGACUAAAAUGUAUGAAGACCAUCUGUCCUCGGCUUUGACUCUCUGGUAGCGUGUCAGACCUUCUUGGACAUGGUCUGGUCUGUUACUAAGUGACCUGUGACCUAGUUAGGCUCCACUCUGGACACUCCAAGAAAAAUGAUCAUGGCGAGCUUGAUUUGUGAGACUUCGUAGUGACACACUUUUACAGUUGUUUCAAAAAGACAAUUCUCGAUCCUGUUCGGUCGAUCCAAACUGAUUAUGAGUAAUUAACAUUUUAAAUUCACAGUUAUGAAAACAUUAGCUUCCUUCUUUGUUAUAAUUCACACUAAACUGAACAUUUCCAUCGACGGUAAUAUUAAAAAAGGUGAGGAGGAUCUCUGCAGGGAUAUUUUGUUUAUAUUUCUGUGCAGCUGACUCAUCUUAAAACACAAACGACACAAACUGCACGGCUUAUAACUUGUUUACGAUCAAUGCAAAUAGUUUUGCACAAACAACGAACAGUUACCGGUGCUUUUUUAGCAGCUUCUGGUUAAACACAGAAGCGUUUAUGGUUUGUCUUUUUUGAGCUGCUGAUGCACCAGGGUGAAUGCAGUAGAUAUAAAAAACUCAUUUUAAGUUAAGAACAACAAAACAGUUUCAUAUUUAGGUGACUUUACUAUGAUUUAAACAUAUUUUGUAACAUUUCUACCAAGUCUGUACACCCCUAAAUAUUACGUUCUGCACCUUUAAUAGGAGAUAUACCCCAUGAUACAUGCAGUGUGAAAGGUUGUAAUAAAAAACAGUGGGCUGGGGGACUGUGAAGUGUUUAAAGGGUUAAUAAAAAUACUUCCGCAUUGUUAUUAUAUGAGUAAGAAUAAAAAAGUGUCAUAAUAGUCCAAAAAGCCAAACAUCUGGCUGUUUCUUUCUCUCUUUUUUACGUCUUGUUUCUGUCAGGCCUCUGUUGUGCGUAAAAAAUCCCCCCCUGACAGUUGUAGUUUAGAUGUAGUCACCGUUGAGGAAACAAAGGCUGUGGCUGUAAGCGCUGGUUGUGGAGGUCUUCUGCGGGGCACCAAGGACUCGUCAGUAUUCCCAAGGCUAGUCCCCUCGCCAUGUGACAUCACAUGCUUUCAUGUGAUACGCUGAUCUGCUGCGAAUCUGGAAAGCUUCCAUUUGAAAUUCCAAUUUAAUGGAAUUUGCGCUGCAGAACAGAAAAUUCAGUCAGCAGUCGUGUAAGGAGGUAUGCGGAUACAGCCCGCAGAGCUGCAGUCAUGCUCGGAGGAAAAGACAGGAUGAGUGGAAGGAGACUGGCCCAGUAAGAGGUGGUAAGAUGAAAAAUUCUCCUCAACAGAAAAGAUUUAAAGUCUCUGAAAACUGUGAAAGGCUGUGGAUUUAAACAUCCCGGCUCUCCUUAAACUUUUCAUUACACUGGGAUUGAUUUUGUGUUUGUUUUGUUGUUUGUAAAGUUUGCACAGACUUCUCUGGUUCUUGUGGUUUUGGUUUAGAAAUGAAGGCAUCACCUUAAUCUGUGGAGCCAAACUGAUGCUUAAUUGUUUAAUUAAUUGUUGUCCUGAAGCGGGAAAUGUUUCUUAAAUUGAAUUAGGAGAGGUGUCCCUCUUUUGUCAAAUCCAAGAGCUUGUAGUAGGUUACUCUCUGAGGAACACGUGGUUGCACACAUGCUAGCCUGGAGGCGCUGUCCUCACACUGAUGGUUGGAUAAGUCAGAGCGCAGUCUGGAUCUGAAGGUUCGACUUACACAUGAAACUUAAUGUCUGCAUUUUAAAUGGAGGAAUCAGUAACCUGUAAUUAUUGACAUCUCAUGAACCUUUCAGCUCCUCUUUUACUGCAGGACUUUACUGAUUAAACCCUUUAAAACUGAAUGCAUGAGUUUGUCACUAAAAUCAAAUCCCUGUAAACUUUUUAAUCCCGUCAAAUGUUUAUUUUGGUUUUUAUUUUGUGCUUUUUUUCAUGAUCAGUCUUUAUUUUUAGGGAGAAACAGACAUCUGCAGCAGACUCUUUAAUCACUGAUUGUUGGAGGACUCAGUUGUCUGUCUUUUUAAUCCUGACUAUAACAUGAUGCACUGUAACACCUUUUCUUUUUCAUGCCAUUUAAAGUCACUGUAUCUGUAUCUCAGUUUGUGUACUGACAUUUCCUGACAGUUUUAUACAUAUUUGAUAAAUUCCCUCUUGGUGCUGCUCAGUUGUAAAUUUUUCAAGUGAACUUUUUCCCUUGUAAUUCUUUUUUUUUUUUGCACACUGAGACAGUUUGGUUAGAUCGAACAAACUUUCCCUCUCUCUAUUAGUAUCAGGGAUGUGUGUUUUUAGUCUCCUUAACUCUUACUUGUCAGCCCCAGAAUUACUCGUGAAAUAAACAGUUAAUAUUUCACAUCUAUAGUCCUGAAAUGCCGAUUAUACAGUAUGUUGUUUCCAAACUGUAACCCUGCAAUCCUCCUUUAGUACCUCUAGUUAAUGGAUACGUCUGCAAUACAUCAAUGAUCUACAGCCUGGAUGUAAACAAACAAGACUCACAGGUUGCACUUUGUAGCACAGUGAGGUUUGUGUCACUGUCCUGAUCUAGAAAAUGGAGAUAAAGUCGUAAACAGAACUUAAGCUGUCAGGUGGGCUGAAGGUGCGAGCUCUGCUGAUGGUAUCCACAAACUGAUUUAGUUUGAUUCAGUCUCUGUGAUCCAGUUUUUAAAGCUGUGUUUGAUAAUUUUGACCUAAUCCUGACAUUUUUAGUGUUUUAUAAAUGUUGCUCUGGCCAGUUUGUUGGAAUUCGAAGUCUUCUCUGGGGUUUUUUCAAAUAUUUAUAUCAGGUAAAUCCUGACGGAGUGACUCUGAUUACACAGGUGGAAUUGAAAGUGAAACCAAGAGGAAAUGAAGUUUUUGUAAACUUUCUCCUCUUUUCAGAGUCGUAUUUUUGUUCUCUCUUUUGAAAACUCAUGAUCUGUCACAUUUAGACAGUUGUGGUCAUUGUCGACACGUUGGCCUGGAGGUGCUCUCUGAUCACUUCCUGUUGGUGAAGUCAGUUUUGUCACUUCUCCUAGUCUGACUGCUCUGAUACUUUCUUUUAUUUUAAGAUAUUUUCAUCACAUUAACCACAAUAUGACUGGAGUUAUCAUCAAUAAGCUGGUGUUACAUAACAACCCCAAAACAAGCUUAAGAAUAAUCCACUCUUAACUAUAAUUUAGUUAGUUAUAAUUUAGUUAGUUAAGUCAUCUCAUUAGAGACCCCUGAGUGAGCUCUAAAUUUAAUUUUGUCGUCACAUUUACAUCCACAAUCUUUGUCUACCUCCUAUAACUCUGUGGGUUUACCGAUGAAGCUUCUUUUUAUGAAGUUUAAAGAAAAAGUGUGUGACUUAACGUCCAUGUAGAUUCUCAUUCAUCCAGGUCAUAGUUAUCUUGAAGACUUAAAAAACAGGCAACUGGACUGUGUAGAGUUAAGAAGACGUUUCGCCUCUUAUCCAAGAAGCUUCUUCAGUUCUAAAAGUGCUAGUGUCAGGAGCAGAUAUUUAUCUUACUGGAGAAGGGGGACAGUUAACGACUGGGAGGAGUUGAAAAGAAUGGGUCGUAGAAACCCAUCUCUCGGUGCGUCCCCCCCAAGUCGUUAUCCUGAAAGGGUCGUUAGCGACUCCUAUCAUGUGACCACAUGACUCAUGCCACCUGAGUCAUGUGGUUCCAAGUGUGAAUGUUUGUGGAGCUUUCUGGGGAGAGAGCUGAGAACUGCAUUGUAAGUGCCAGAGAGAUUGUGCCUGAGUCCACCCCCUCUGUUCAGAGAAGGUUUCUCCAGCCUGGUAAAGAUGGCUUCUUUAACUCCUCUUUCAAACCAUCUGUCUUCUCGAGCCAACACCUGUACAUCGCUGUCCUCAAAAGAGUGACCUGUAUCCUUCAAGUGAAGGUGGACAGCUGAGUCCUGACCUGAGGAAGUGGCUCUCCUGUGUUGAGCCAUGCGCUUGUGAAGCGGUUGUUUAGUUUCCCCAAUGUACAGGUCUGAGCAUUCCUCGCUGCACUGGACAGCAUAUACCACAUUACUCUGUUUAUGUCUCGGUGUUUUGUCCUUGGGAUGGACUAGCCUCUGCCUUAGUGUGUUACCAGGCUUGAAAUGAACAGGAAUGUGGUGUUUGCCAAAGAUCCUCUUGAGUUUCUCAGACAGGCCUGCAACGUAAGGGAUUACAGUGCUCUUGCGUCUCUCCUCCCUUUCCUGUUCAGUGUUAUUUCUCUUUCUGUUCUUCACAAAGGCCCACUUAGGGUAUCCACAGGUUGUCAGGGCAUUUUUGACGUGCUUUUGUUCCUUUUCCUUACCUUCUUUCUUCGUGGGGAUGUUCUCGGCCCGGUGGUUGAGUGUUCUGAUGACACCCAGUUUGUGCUGCAGAGGAUGGUGGGAAUCAAAAAGUAGAUAUUGAUCCGUGUGUGUUGGUUUCCUGUACACUUCAACGUUGAGCCACCCAUCUGCCUCCAAGUGUACAGCACAGUCCAAAAAGGCCAACACUUUGUUCUUGACAUCUUCACGGGUGAACUUGAUGUUGCUGUCCACUGUGUUGAUAUGGUCACAUGAAGUAGAGGCCUUCACUGACCAUAUCAACACAGUGGACAGCAACAUCAAGUUCACCCGUGAAGAUGUCAAGAACAAAGUGUUGGCCUUUUUGGACUGUGCUGUACACUUGGAGGCAGAUGGGUGUCUCAACGUUGAAGUGUACAGGAAACCAACACACACGGAUCAAUAUCUACUUUUUGAUUCCCACCAUCCUCUGCAGCACAAACUGGGUGUCAUCAGAACACUCAACCACCGGGCCGAGAACAUCCCCACGAAGAAAGAAGGUAAGGAAAAGGAACAAAAGCACGUCAAAAAUGCCCUGACAACCUGUGGAUACCCUAAGUGGGCCUUUGUGAAGAACAGAAAGAGAAAUAACACUGAACAGGAAAGGGAGGAGAGACGCAAGAGCACUGUAAUCCCUUACGUUGCAGGCCUGUCUGAGAAACUCAAGAGGAUCUUUGGCAAACACCACAUUCCUGAUCAUUUCAAGCCUGGUAACACACUAAGGCAGAGGCUAGUCCAUCCCAAGGACAAAACACCGAGACAUAAACAGAGUAAUGUGGUAUAUGCUGUCCAGUGCAGCGAGGAAUGCUCAGACCUGUACAUUGGGGAAACUAAACAACCGCUUCACAAGCGCAUGGCUCAACACAGGAGAGCCACUUCCUCAGGUCAGGACUCAGCUGUCCACCUUCACUUGAAGGAUACAGGUCACUCUUUUGAGGACAGCGAUGUACAGGUGUUGGCUCGAGAAGACAGAUGGUUUGAAAGAGGAGUUAAAGAAGCCAUCUUUACCAGGCUGGAGAAACCUUCUCUGAACAGAGGGGGUGGACUCAGGCACAAUCUCUCUGGCACUUACAAUGCAGUUCUCAGCUCUCUCCCCAGAAAGCUCCACAAACAUUCACACUUGGAACCACAUGACUCAGGUGGCAUGAGUCAUGUGGUCACAUGAUAGGAGUCGCUAACGACCCUUUCAGGAUAACGACUUGACGCACCGAGAGAUGGGUUUCUACGACCCAUUCUUUUCAACUCCUCCCAGUCGUUAACUGUCCCCCUUCUCCAGUAAGAUAAAUAUCUGCUCCUGACACUAGCACUUUUAGAACUGAAGAAGCUUCUUGGAUAAGAGGCGAAACGUCUUCUUAACUCUACACAGUCCAGUUGCCUGUUUUUUAAGUCUUCAAGAUGUGUGACUUAACUUAAUAUUAAAGAACGAGAUUACUUCAUCCAUGAGCUACUUAUCUGACAAUCAAGCAGCCAUAACUGCUUCACAGAAAAAUAACACUAAAACAGAGAUGAAACGAUGAAAAAGUACUAAAAAUAACUCAUCAACAACAGCGUAUUUUCAGUAAGAGCCUGUAUGAGAUUUACCAUCACGCAGCUAAAAAGUGUGACACCAUCUUAUCUCGCUCUUAUUCUGCGUCAGCCGUCUGAUGUCGUCUCCUCUCUUCUUCCUCUGCAGCUCAGACAUGAGUGGAGCCAGUAACACGCUGGCAAGAGAGUUCCUGACCGACGUCCAUCAGCUAUGCAGCGCGGUCGCUCAGAGGGCCGAGGCACGCGAGGAGGACGAGGAGGAGAGUCACAUGGUGGCUCUGGGAGAGUACCUGGUCAGGGGGCGGGGCUUUCUGCUGCUCAGCACCCUGGACUCCAUCAUCGACCAGGUGAGCACAGAGAGACACUUAGAGUUUAUUUCUGUAUUUUAGUUUUUUACUCCUACCUUUGGAGCCCCAGACAAGACAAUCAUAUGCUAGAGAACAAUAUGACGGACUGUAACUCGCAGAAGUCUGUAAAUUCGUAACAUUAAAACCAGUAAAUAAACUUGAAGUGGUCAAAAUAGUGGUCAUAAUCAGUCCUUACAAAUAAAAUCUAAUCUGAGGUGAGUUUCCUGAUGAUUUGAAAGUGAUUGAGUCGAUUGCUGGAAAUUUAAUGUUCAUUUGGGAGAAUUUAGCGUUGACUUUGGCGCCUGGUGCUCCAUCUCAGUCGGUUCUCUGCUGCUCUCAAUCGGAGAGGCCUUGCCCCACUUCUCUGUGACUCUCUAAUGAACCAUUAACUGUGAAAAUCUGCAGCGUAAAACCAAAACAAAGGCUCUUUUUGUCCGAAAGCUUUAAAUCACUUUGAGCGAAUCUGACCUGGUGGCGGCCGUGACAGGCAUUAAGAAAAACUACACAAGGGCGGCUAAUCCACUUGUUGAUCUGGUUUUAUAUUGUUGGACGUGUGAACACAUUUGGAGGAAACUAAUACUUUAACUUGGUACCAAUUACCCUGAAAUUCUGGCUCUUAGCUCCGCGUCGCUCCUCACAUUUUAACGAAUCUAUUCAACUUUUCAUCACCAGCAUGAGAAAUGAAAAAUUCUGCUCCGGCGUCUCUGUGACCUCUGCGACUAAUCUGUCUUCAUCAAAACGGAGUCACAGACGGAGAUACAGUUUAAUGAACAUUACAGUUUAAUGCACGCGAUGAAAGCGAAGGAAAGAUUAUGCAAACAUCAGACAGACAUCAGCUGCUCAGAUUAAAGGGAUGUUUAAUGACCGCGGUGCAAUAAAACCCUUCAGUGGAGACAGAGCCAUGCACUGAGAAGACGCUCUGAAGUCUCGUGUGCAGACAGGACGUCGUAUGUUUAAUCUGGUAAUUUCCACAGAUUCGUUAUUGUUAGUGACUUUUCCUACAAUUGUUGGUAAAAAAUUUGAUCUGCAUUUUAUUUGCAAACUAAGUCCUCACCUUUGUGGCCGUCAUCCUGAUGCUGCUGCAGCGACUUCAUCCGUUCAGGAAUCUUCAGCACUUUGUUUGAUUUCCUGAUCAAAAUUAUCGCUCUCUUCUUUCUGCUGCUGCACACAAGAUGUUCACACUGAUAUGGAAAUCCAUCUGCAACAGUUGUAAUGUUAUACAGCUUUAGGAUAGGCCGCCAGCUGUGUAGAUAACCACUAUAUCUUAUUAGAAAUGAUAUGGCUGCACAAUGAGUUAUUAUUCCAAAACUAAAGUGCAGUAUAAAGCAUCAAUAAGACCACCCAGAAUACAACUGUGUAUGUACAAAGUGUCUAACUAACUAAUACUAAUUGUGUCAUUUGCCCAUAUGCUGGCUGAGGAUCGAUUAAAAAAAGGGAAAUGUUAAUGACCAAAAACUACAGUGAAAAAUCAGAAAGACGCUGUAAAUUACAGCGACAGUAAAACCCCUCAAUAAUUUCUUAUUAGAGCUUAUCUCUCCUACAAACAUAUCACAGAGUAGGGCUGUUUGAUAGAAGAAGAAUUGAGAGUUGGUGUUUCACAAAGUUACAAGAAUAAAGUCAGAAAUUAAUAAAAAUUUAGAACAGUUAUAGUUCAGAUUUUAGAGUUAGUUUGUUUAUUUUAUCUUAUGAAAUGAGGACUCGUAAAGCAUCUUGUAAAGUUAAACUUUAAUAAAGAUGUCAUAGAUUUCUAAAUACCCAGUAUUUAAGUACACCAGAACCACAUUAUCAAAAUUAUUACCGAGGUUAUUAUGAAAAAAAGAAAGUCUGAUAUGCAGCCGCCUGUGCACACCUCUGCUACAGCUGUUAAAACUUCAUCUGUUCAAUAUAACUCCUAAAAAUGAUCAUUUUAGUUUUUUCCUCAUAAAGUUUCACAUUUAUCUGAUAUAAUUUAUUUGAGGCUGAGGGGUUUUUUUUUUACCAUAAAAUUGACAAUCUUUUUCUUGGAAUUUUAUGACUUUAAUUUCAGUAAUGUGAGGUUAUUUUUGUGUGACUUAUUUUGAUAAGUUUACAACUUUAAUCCUCUAAAUUUAUGUACGUUUGCCCUUUUAAAUUUAUGACUGUGUUAUCGUCUAAUUUAAAAAAAAUGUCAUAAAUUAUGCAGUUUUUUUUGUCUUAUAAAAUUAUAUCUCUACCCUCUUUAGCCCCCUAGUUUUUUUCUGAUAAUUUAUGUUUUUUUCUCAUGAUCGUAUUUGUAAACGGUCCUUUUUUCCCCCACUGUUAAUUCCUUCUGAAUUAUGAUUUUAUUUCCAAAACUGAAAAGUUUUUCUUAAUUUUUUUUUUUCAUUAUCAUGGCCAUUAUCCUUGGUUGUGCAAAAAUGAGGUUAAAAAUUAACCAGAAAUAUGCAUUAAUUUAUUAAAUCAAGGGAAAGGCUGCAGCCUAGUGGUAAAAGUCAGACAUUUCUCUGUUUAUACUGAAAACUUUUAAUCCAGUAAAGCUACACUAAAAUACAUGAAAGUUUUCAGUCUUGCUCUCCAACAAACAGAAUCCUAAGAAGAUGCUACAUUUUUAAAGGAGUAGAGAUCUGAAUUACAUCAAAUACAGAUUAAAAAUUUGUGUUUUGGUUAAUUUCCUUUAGCUCGUUUGGGAAAACAGCCUGAUGAUUCAAUCUGCACAGAAAUGUGUGUAACAGAGAUUUACUCGUAUCCUGAAUAAAAGAGGAAUAAGGAUGGAUCCCUGUGGAACACCAGAACAGCAGGAUAUCAGAGUGAACUGAAUACAGUUGAAAUAUUUAAAAGAAAAUGUGAAUCAGUGAUCUUUAGAGCGUCUUAAUUUCAUCAUGAAGAAAUCGAGAUGUAGCUGCUGAACACUGUAUUUAUGUGCAGCUGUGAAAUGAAGCUUGUUUUCCAUUGUGUAAAGAAAAAUUAGCAUCUUUUGACAGAUUUUAUUCUUCAGUUCACACCUAAAGGAGCGUGUAGAUUGUUUUUAAUUAACACAUGCAGGAGUUGUUUCUCUCUCUGCUGUGAAAAAUGCUCCGGACAAACAUGAGAUCCUCCAGGUCUCAGAAGUAAACCUGUCAUGGAGCUGCUACAUAGCUCGCUGAUACUCGCUCGCUCGCACGUCAACAGCUCCCGCUGAUAUUUUUGGAAAACAGCCGAUUUUAGACACAAGGCAGAUCUUUAAGAAGGUGACCCCUCUGUUCACAUCACUGAAAGCUGAAGGACAGCACUUUGGAGUGAAGGGUGUGACUAAAAGGAGAGGAUCAGGAAGCUCAGGAGGGAACUGAGUGUUUUUUUUUCUUCUGUCACUCGCAGGAAUUGACGUGUCGAGAGGAGCUGCUCACUCUGCUGCUGUCUCUGCUGCCGCUGGUCUGGAAGAUCCCUGUCCAGGAGGAGAAAGCUCCAGGUCAGUACCAAAGAUUACUUCAUAAAUGACUUUUUUGUGUCCACACUGAACAGUAAAAAUCUGUUCAGCUGUGCUUGCCUCUCUCUCCUAGUUUGCAGCUCUUGAUUUUGAUGUACGUGCUUCCUCUCAUGAGUUAAAAUCCGUGAUUUAAAAGCUGGAAAUUGUCGUGACAGAGAUGCAAACUGCAUUUUCAUGGAUCAGGAUUGUUUAUUAAUAUAUUCAUGUUUGUUUCAUCUUGAAUUAUUUACCCUUAAUUCUAGUCAUGCAAUAUUCCAGCUUCACAGGAAGGCAAGGCCUAAAUUAUGUGUCUGCUUCCUUAUUUUCAAAUGUCUCAUUUCGUCUUUUAUGAAGUUUAUGACUUGCCUGACAAAAACCUGGUCCUUCCUCAUUUGGACUGGGAUGAAUCAUUCGGUAAUAACACAGCCAGCGCCUCAUUUUGUUGAUUCUCAGUGUAACAAAGAGGAGCAGUCUCGGUGUUUGCGGAGGCCUGUGACCUCAGGAUGACUCCGGUAUUUAGACCAGCGCUGCUGACGCUCUCUCACAGAGGCCCGAGACAUUUUUGCUUUAAUUAGUUCCUACUCUCUGAGUGAGUUUUAACAAACACAGAUUAGCUGUUGACACGCAGCCGAGCUGUAUGUGACCAAUCUUAAAAAAAGAUCUUUAAUGGAGUUUAUGUUUUAGCACAUUUCAUUGCCACAUCAGGAAAGUUUAAACCUUAAACGGGAUUAUUGAAGCUUCUCCUCAAAGUGCAGUUUAUCUUUAGACAUUAAAACAAAUAAUAAUUGGAAAUUAACCCGACUUUGAUCAUUCUAGGAGCAGGUGAAGAAGUGGCGCUGAGGCCUCACACAGCGACAGCACAUCCGCCUGUUAGCCUCAAAACUCUUUACCAUAAUAUGAUCAAAACAGCUGAGUUUAAAGUGAAAUGAUCACUUUAACAAAUAAAUCAGCUAGAGGCCAAAACAGUUUGAUUCUGCUUUAAUGUUUAAGUUUUCAUAUUUUGAACUAAAUGAAACUGACGUCUGUUUUGUCAGAUUUCACCCUGCCGUCCUUACUGGAGGUGUUCCUGAGCCGGGAGCUGAAGGCGGCCCCCCUCAGAGCAGGACAGAAAGCUGCCGCAGAUGAGCAGAGUUCAGGGAAGAGGUCUCGCGUCGGCAGUGGCACCUGGAAGACCCGCAGGUCUCGCAGGACGGCGCAGAGAUACUCCGUGAAGGAUGCUCGGAAGUCGCAGGUCUCUACCUCAGAUUCAGAAGCGAACACCGAAGACAAAGCCGCCCCAGGUCCCAGCGGCGCACGAAACAGACGGUCACAUGGCUCCACGAUCAGAGUGAGCUGUCAGCACCACCGCUCAGACACCUCACAGUUAGCAUCCGCCGCCUCCAACACCGCCGCAGACACCAUGAGUGCUCCAUACCCACACCCACGAGCCCCCGGGUCCCAGAUGGCCGACACCGAAACUCUAACAGACCCGGCUGCAAUAUCCAUUUUCAACCGCAUGGAGAACUCGCCCUUCGAUCUCUGCCACGUGCUUCUCUCUCUGCUGGAGAAGGUUUGUAAGUUCGACAUGAGCAUCAACCACAACCCCGGCCUGGCUGUCAGCGUGGUACCGACGCUGACGGAGAUCCUGACUGAGUUUGGGGACUGCUGCGGUCCAGGGGGAGGAGGAGGGUCAGGGAUGGAGGAGCUCGCCGGAGGCUGGACAGAGGAGCCCAUCGCGCUGGUCCAGAGGAUGCUCCUCCGCACCAUCCUGCACCUGAUGUCAGUGGAUGUGAGUCAUUGUGAAACCCUCCCUGACAGCCUGAGACGCAGCCUGACCGACCUGCUGAGAGCCACCCUCAAGAUCCGGAGCUGUUUGGAGAGACAGGCUAACCCUUUCGCUCCGCGGCCCAAGAAGACCCUGCAGGAGGUCCAGGACGACUUUUCAUUUUCUCGCUAUCGCCACAGAGCACUGCUGCUGCCCGAGCUUCUAGAGGGAGUCCUUCAGGUGCUGCUGGGCUGUCUGCAGGCUUCCACACCAAACCCAUUUUUCUUUAGUCAGGCACUGGAGCUCAUCCACGAGUUCAUCCAGCACCACGGCCUGGAGCUGUUUGAGGCCACGGUGCUGCGGCUGGAGGGACUCGGCAGGGCGAGGGACUCUGAGGUGGUGGGUGAGGCUUCAGAGAGGCUGCUGGGUCUCAUAGCAGGAGUCUUUAAGAUCAUCAGUGCUGUCAAGAAGGCGAAAUCAGAGCAGCUGCAUCAGUCUGUGUGUGCACGUCGCCGCCAUCGCCGCUGUGAAUACUCCCACUUCCUGCAUCACCACAGAGACCUGUCUGGCUUGCCAGUGUCUGCUUUCAAACAGGCUGCACGACGAAACCCCUUUGAGGAGGUCGGAGACAGUAAGGAGGGGCUGGAGGGGGAUGUAGUGCGUUACCCGGAGCGAUGCUGCUGCCUGGCCGCCUGCGCUCACCAAUGUCUGCGCCUCCUGCAAAGACUCUCUCCAAACGGACCGGCUGUGCUGCAGGUUCUGGCCGGAGUUCAGGCCGUUGGAAUCUGCUGCUGCAUGGACCCUCGCUCAGUCGUUGGACCCCUGCUACACGCCUUCCAAGCUCCUGGUCUGCGCAGUUACCAGACUCACGUUCUGAGCGUCUUAAGCAGACUGAUCCUGGACCAGCUGGGUGGAGGGCAGCCUUCAGAGAAAGCUAAACUAGCCUCCUGUAACAUCUGCACUCUGGACAGCAGCCAGCUCCCCGGUUUGGAGGAGACUCUGCAGCACGGAGAACAUUCAGUUUCUACCAGCCUGUGUUAUCGCUCUCAGGGGAUUCUGCCCAGUGGAGGGGGUGCGGAGGACAUGCUGUGGAAGUGGGACGCUCUGGAGGCCUACCAGGAGCUGGUGUUCGGGGAGGACUGGCAGCUGAGCCAGCAGAUCGCCGGACACGUGUGCCACCUGACCCUGAGGGGGAACGCUAUAGUGCAAUGGCAGCUCUACACGCACAUCUUCAACCCGGUCCUGCAGAGAGGAGUGGAGCUGGCCCAUCACGCGCAGCAGCUGGGGGUCUCCACGGUCUGCACUCAGGUCUGCAGCUAUCACACCAGGUGUCUGCCUGUGGAGGUCCUGCUCAUUUACCUGCAAACGUUACCUGCUCUUCUCAAGUCAAGGUGAGUGACUUUAAAGUGACUUUUAGAAGAAGAAACAAGAGCAGUCUGGAAAUCUGAUUUCAUUAAGAUGCACAAGGUAAUAUAAUAUGAGGGCAAUGAAUUUCACCUGAUCUCACUCAGAUGUUUCCAAAGAGCACUUAAAAUAUUAAGUUUUAUUUUUAUUUGGGAAUGUAUGUCUCUAAAUGGAUCUGCUUUCUAAUUAGAUUUACUGCUUUGUGACUUGAUGACCAAUGGCAGUGGCACUGAUAAUAUAAAUCUGACUUUUAGGGUAUUUUAUAGUCUUCAGUAUCAAAUGUAUCAUUAUAUGAUAAAACCAAAGUAUUUUAUAACAUAUAGCAUGGUAUCAAAUCAUAUGGUAUCACACAAAAUCAUAUCAUGUCCUAUUUUAUAUUGUAUCAUUUCGUAUUGUUUUGUUUCAAAUUGUAUCCUAUCGUUUCAUAACGUAUCGUCUCGUCUCGUAUAGUCUCAUAUCCUGUCGUUUCGUAAUGUUUCAUAUCUUAACAUAUAUGGUUUUGUAACAUAUUGUAUCGUUUCUUAAUGUAUCGUAUCGUUUCGUAAUGUAUCAUUUUGUCACGUACCGUUUCGUAUAGUUCAUAUCUUAAUGUAUCAUAUGGUUUCGUAACAUAUUGUAUCGUUUCUUAAUGUAUCGUAUCGUAUCGUUUAGUUUCGUAACGUAUCCUAUCGUUUUAUAUAGUUUUGUACUGUAUUGUAUUGUAUUGUAUCGUAUCAUACCGGUCCAGGUCAGAGCCCAGAUCUGUUUUCCCUUUUUUGACAUUUUUGCACACAAGCUGGAUUCUCAGCCAGUCACACCACUUUUUCUAUUUUUAUUUGUAAUAAAUUUUGAAGAGCAUAUUAUACCUUAGUCAGUCUUAAGAAUCUGUGACUAAUCAUCUUUGUGCAUUUCAUAAAAAUCCCAAAAAGCUGUUUGUCAUUUGUCGUUAACGCAUGACAACAUGUGGAGAAGCAUAAGAGAGAUGAAGACUGCUACUGUGCAUAAAUUUAAUUUGUUUUUCCUCCUCAGCCUAUCAUGUUUCAUCAAAGGAUUAGUUAUCAUGUUAAUCUCUUGUUACAUAAAAAUGAUGCAGACGGUUGUUUAGAAAAACAUCCUGCUGCAUCUGUGGUUAGAAAUGUAUUUUCCUCCUUUUAUACAGUCACAUAAAGCAAGUGUAAUCAGACAGCGGACACCUAAUCCACUGGACAUGUUUGUCAUGAGAUCCGUCUGUCCAUUCAUUCCUAAUUGAUGCUUAUCAAUAAUUCAUUAGAGCUUUGUUGACUGACGGAGAGAUAGAGGAUCAUUUACUUGUUAUGUAACUCAGUGUCCUGCACAGCUGUUCGUCCAGAACUGCUGCUGCUGCCACAUCAGAUUUGAGUCCUGCCUUAUCUGCCGGGUUUUACUUUUACUUUGGAGAUAACAAAAGUGAGUGGAGUCUGUCGCUUUAAAACAACUCAGAGACGUGCAGGUUAACAACAUCUCUGUGAACUUUAGCUAGAAUAAGUUUGUCUGUCUUUGUGUUAACCUGCCGAGCUUGUAAAAGGACUCCUGCACAAUGCAUGCUGGGAUAAGUUGAACCCUCUUGUAACCCCGAGCUGUAUCGGUGGGUGCAGAAAGUGGAUGGAUGGAUACUUAAAGGCGGUCUGUCAGUGGUCGGCUGAAACAUUUUCUUGUUAAAAUUCAGAGUUUGUCGCUCUUCUCUCUGCAGGUUUGACAUUCAGAGUUUUAAUAGCUGUGAUUUCUUCCAAAGGAUAGUUUCAGGUCCACUUGGUUAUGUAAAAAGUGUCAUUAUAAAACUCUGAAAUCCACAUAUAGUCAAUUCUUUAGAGACUGAAAGGUAUGUUUUCAUCCAGCAACACCAUCUUUGUAUUACUUAAUGUACCUUUAAUAUAGUUUUGUUCAAACUCACAUUAGAGCUGAAGGACAAACAUGCUGCAAUGGGCCAAAAGACUAUUAGGAGAACCAGACUGCAGAGUCAGUAUUGGGGAAACAUAAGAAAACACGUAUAAGAAAUAAAACUGAGAAAACCUGCAGCUUGUUUUUGCAGAGGGCAUCAAUAAUUUUCAGUGAGCUACAAAAACAUAAACAAUAAACAGACUAAAUCAUAGAUUGGUGCAUCGUUAUGAAAGACGGGAUAAGAGGAGGAUUGAGGGCUUUACUGUCGACUCAUGCAAGUUGACUUGGAUCCGUACUCCCUCCUGCGUUUCUCCUGCGUUUCUCCUGGACUUCAUUUGACUAAAUUAGGGUCGUCGCACUAGCUGGAGAUCAGUUAUCACUUUAACUAAAUAGUUGUAAUAGUUAGUCCUUUUGUACGUAUAGUUACAAUACUGUCAGUCAGUUUAUACAGACGUUUACAGCGGUUAUUUUCAUCCGUUAGCCUGUUUGGAGGUAAUUGGUUUUAAGAGUACGCCCUCAAGCAAACUAUCCAUAACAUUUACCCGGCAGGUCAAAUGGAGUAAAAACAGAUUCCUGUGAGAUUGAACAUGAUGCUCCACUAGCUAAGAUGAACUAUGUCUACACAGAGCAGCCAGACAGUGAAACAACUCAAGAUGCAAACAAACUAAUAUUGACGUGUGGUUUAGUGUGGACUUCACACCCCAGUUUAAAACCCAACUUAUAGAGAGAGCUGCUGCAGCAGGCCACAGCGGACAUUUAUAAUUAACACACAUGAGGAAAUGUAAUUCCAAUCUAUUCCCAUCCUCUCCAUAUUUUAUUGAUAUUUUGCAUGCACAUUUUGCACAGAGAAUUACAGUGAUAAAAAAUAGAAUGUGCACAAUUAUAUAUAAUACAUUUAAGGUAUUAGAGUCAAGAGAAAUUAAUAGAAACAGAAAGACGGAGACCACUCAGCUCAUGUGCAUCAAAUUAAAAAUGUUUUCUUGCAGGAGGUUAAUAACUGGAUAACUUUACCUUAGCAGCCAAAAUCAGAAUCAUUUUAAUCUACAGUAAACUGUAUUGUCAGUCUAAUUGAGGUGUGUUAUAUGGCUCCACCUGGUGGGUUACCUACAUCGUGGAGUUUUUUUUCUUUUCUUUUUAAGAUUUGUUAAAAAUUUACAGUGGAGGAAUUCAUAGAUUAGUUUUUUCUAUCGAGAUGUAUUUCACACUUUAAUUCAUGCUGUCACUUUUUACAUAUUAAAUAAUUGGAACUAAAGUGUUAAAUUUACAAAAAUAUAAAAAUGGGAAGCUGGAAAAGCUGAAGGGGAAGUUUACUCAGAAUAUACUGCAGCCACUUACAGCACCAAGAAUUACAUUAAUGUAUCCCUAUUAUCUGCUGCAUCUCAAGAUCUGGUUUAAAAGCAUAUUGAUCUACUAACACUGAAGUGCAAAAUCAGCACACAGUUCUGCAGGUCUGUGCAGUUUGCUCUUGUGUUGCGUCUGAUAUUGACGAUAAGCUGUUAGCAUCUCCACUCUCUGCUGCACUGUGCAUGCCCUGCCAGUGUCAUGGAGCUCAACCCUGUCUACAUAUAUGAGCUGGAUGACAUGCCUUUUACCAGUCUCAAAUGGAGUUUUUACUUUAUGGAGUGAGCCUUACAUAACAGCACAGACCACAUAUACAGAGGGUUAUCUACCUGUGGCUGCAGACUGAUGUGACCUUUGAUUAUGUUAAUUUGAGAUCAUGUAGACUUUGAGUUGUUCUCAUGGUCUCUGAAAAGACUGGUUCCCAAGUUGUCUUGUUUGCAUUCUAAUGGACCUGCACAUCAUUAGUGAAAAAAGAUGAGAAGUUUUUGAAACAGCAGAAUUGGAGGAAGGGUUUGAGUUAGAGGGGGAAAAAACGAUUAAUCUAUCUUGUUCAUGCUCUGCUUGAAGCAUUAACAAACAUCUGUUUGAGCUAAUUAACACAGUGUGUUUAAUUAAAGCAUUUUUGUUUUAGCCUCUGUUUAAUGUCACAACAUCUCUUGAGAGGGUUGUUUACUCCCUCCACACGUUGGUUCAACCUUCACUCAGAGGUGACGCAUUUUUCUUAUCAGGUAAUUUAGCCUGCAUUGUAAUAGCCUGGUUUAUUAUUUAUUUAUCACAGCCUAAGUAUGGUGUACAGCAGUAAACAAAUUAGAAAGGGUGAAAUAUCAGCUUUGUUUUGCCUGCGGUGAUUCAUAUGCUGGGAGAGAAAUACGUGAAGGUUACGGUUAUUUGUCUUCGAUUUGGCUCAUUGAAACAAAACAAAUGCCGAUAUAAAAGAAGGAACAGAUGUUUAUUGUAAGUCUGUGGUCACGUUAAUAGAAACGGACUCAUUAUUAGAAAUGAUUUUGUGCCCUGAGAGAAAUCACAUCCCCAACCUGAGAGUCGAAAAUGAAAUAAUGGCUGAAAGGAGUGUGCGGCGGGGUCGUCUGAGGACCGGUGCACCAGCUCUUUUGUUUUGUUUUGUGUUGUGUUAUCCAUAUUUUGCAGAUAUUUCCAUACUCUGCAGAGGAUAGAAGUGUGUUACUUGGCAACACUCGGCACCUAGUGACCGUGCUCACUCAGGCUCGGUGCUCUUGGUUCCAGUUUAAGUCUGUUGUAAAGUCUAAAGUGAGAGCGAAGACCGCUCAGCUCCUCGCAGUUUUCCCCUGAUUGAUUUGUUGAGUCUUUUAAUUGCUUGUAGUUUUGUGUGAGACUGUGCCAAGUGUUGAUAAAAACAGAGUUUGAUGGUUUGGAAGUCACUUUAAAACCAAUGUCUGAUUAUAAACAGUGCAAGGACAACAGAUCAAAUGAUGAAGCUGAAAAAAGUUAAUAGUACUCAGCCUCCUUUGUCCCAUUUUUCAGUGGGUGACAAGUCCAGACUGCAGACAGGCCACUUUAGCAUCAGGGCUCUUCCACUACAGAGCCACCCUGUUGUCAUAGCAGCUCAAUAUUGUUGGACAUUGUCUUGAAAUAUUCAAGGACUUCCCUUAAAAAAGGAUAAACUGUGUUCACAGACAGUGGUUUCGAGAAAUGAUUUUUAGCCCAUGCAGUGACUUCCACUGCAGAGUCAUUAGGGGUGUCACAAUACAGCUUUUUUUUACCUACGAUACUGAUAUUGUCACCUUAAGUCUCGGCCAAUACCGAUAUUGAUCCGAUAUUAGCACAAACUUGUGCAUGUCAAGUUUUGCACUCAGCUGCAACGUCUUUUUCAGAGUUUAACGAAAAAUACUGCCACAGGGCCGACAUCUCUCCUACUCCCUGUUACUUUGUUAGUACCUUAGUACACACUGUUGUUGUGAUUACUUGGGCUCUACAUGCUGGACCCGGGCGCUGCUAGAUAGAGGUGCUGGAGCGGAGUCUGGAAUGGACUGCUUGUAUCGGAGUGCUGAUAUCAGAGCUUUUAGAUGCAGGCCGAUAUAAUCCGAUAUUUGUUUUUUGGCUGAUAUCGGACCGAUAUCCGUUAUCAAUAUCGUAUCGGGACAGCCCUAAGAGUCAUAUCUGUUUCUUUUUAAAAAAAACUUUCAGCCUUUAUUGCAAGGACAGUGCAUAGAGUAUGAAAUGGGCAUGAAGAGUCAGGAAUGACUUGCAGGAAAGGUUCUGUGCUAGAAUCAAACCAAAGCUGUCUGUGUGAGUGAGUCAGUCGUGCAAUAAUUCCCACUUACAGUCAUGUCUGUUCUUUUAAAGUUCUCAGGCGAAGGACCAUCAGUCUUAAAUUGUCGAAGUAUUCGCACACACAUUCCUCAGGAGGGUGAUUCGUCUUUACUUCUGAGCUUCUCUUGAAUGUCCUUUUUAUACCCAGUCCUGCCACUAACCUGCUGCACGUUGACCGUGUUAGAUGAGGAAUGUUCCUGCCGGUGUUUUUAUAUUUUGUUGUCCCUGUUCCACGUUUUCCCGAAAGGCUGACGAGAGCAUGAGUCAGGUUGAAAAUGUCCCUAGUAUGGAUGCUUUUGGUCAGGGUGCAAAGUUCAUAGAGUUUUUAUAUUUGUCGUUGCAGGGUGAUCAGAGACCUCUUCGUCAGCUGUAACGGGCUCAAUCAGGUGACAGAGCUCGUCUACCUGGAUCAGACCCGCUCUCUGGCCCUGAAGGUGUUUGAGACUCUGAUUAUCGGCAGCGGACACCACCAGCCUGACGGGGUCCUCCAGGAGCUGGAGAGCGCCGAUGCUGAGGAAAGGGAGGCUAUCCUGGGCCUGGCUGAGGAGCUGGGGUCCCGAGGAGCUGGAGAGGGUCCGCAGAGCCUCAGCAAGUUCUACGAAGGUUUGAAAGAGGCGUAUCCACGUCACAAGAGCCGGAGCGGGCAGGGCCGAGGACCGGGCCGCAGCCGAGCAGAAACGCACCUUCACGUCAUCAACCUCUUCCUGUGUGUGGCCUUCCUCUGUGUCAGCAAAGAGCCGGAUUCAGACCGGGACUCUGCCAACGACUCUGAGGACACUUCAGGUUACGACAGCACAGCCAGCGAACCUCUCGGCGGGCGGCUGCCUUACCUGUCCCCUGAUAGCGUGGCCCUGCCCUCUAAAGAGCAGGUACGCCGCGCUGCAGACGUGUGGUCAGUCUGCAGGUGGAUCUACCUGGCCAGCCCCUUGUUCCAGAGGCAGUUCUUCAGGUUAGGGGGGCUGGACGUCUGCCUGCGCCUCAUGGCCAUGGUGAUCCAGAAGCUGUCCUGUAAGCCAAAGGAUGGGAAGACAAAGAAAAAGAGGGACGGUAAGGGCAAAGGCAGCCCUGAGUCAGCAGCCCCGGCUACCUCACUGGGACCAGAGGAGAUGUCUCGGGAUUCAGCCGAAGCCCCCAGCCCUGGUCCUGCAGAGGGGAAGACCAAAGACCCUGCAAAGAAGCUGGAGGAGGAGUGGCAGCUCCAAAGUAUUCGUCUACUUGAGGCCCUGCUGGCUAUUUGUCUGCACAGCGCUAACUCAGCCCUGCAGAGGAUAGAGCCUGAGCUUUCUUAUCAGGUGGGUUUGUAAUAUUUAUCAUCUUAAUAGUUGUUGGAAAAUACUGAGCGUGUCAUUCUUCCUGCAUAAGAAAAAUAUUCCCUCAGAGUCCAGUUUUUCCCAAACAUCGAUGAUACCUUAUAAAACACUCUCGUAGCUUUAACCCAACACUAAAUCUGUCGUGUCUUUGCCUCUGUAGCUGCAGUCAGUGGAGGAGACCCUGUUUGAGGUGAGAGACCAGCUCUCUCGCUCCGGCGUUGUGAACUCUGACCUCGCUGUCCCUCUGUUUGACUCUCUGCUGAGAGUGGCGCUGGCAGAGGUGUCGUCUGGUCCUGACCCCCCUGAGGAGAAGCCAGACAGGGUGAGUCCUGCCAUUGGAGAAACUGUGAGUGAAGUUAUUGCACCUUUUUCUUUUUCUCUGUCGCUCCUUUAUUUGUUUUCAAGAUGCGAGCUCAGGUUAUUGACAGCCACCACUUCUACGGAGGGAAAUUUGAUAUUAAUGCAGCAGUGCAGCUUUUCACACUGUUCUAUUAGACUUAAAACUGCUUUGAAAUGCACAAUAAUGGAGUUUUAACACGUGAUUAAAAAGUCAUGAAUCGCGAUUAAAUAUUGAGACCUCUGCGAUUUAUCGCGAUUAAUUUUAAUUAGAAGAUUAAUCGCCCUUUUGCAAGAAGUUUUAACAUAAGCACAUCUAACAAGGAGAAAAUGGUCAACUGUAUGUGUAAAUUAGAGGAUCUCUGCUUCUUUUAAAGUUAUAAAAGAAGUAGCCAAUGACACGCUCUCACAGCCAGAGUCACAGUUAGGGAUCACAUCCAUGAUUUGCAAAAACCCCCCAAAUUAAAACAGUCUGUGCUCAAUGAGAUAAGUUUUAACACAAAAGACAUUUCAGCCAUAAACCUCUUUAUAAACAGCUUGUUUCUGCAGCAGAAAGAUGCCGAUUGUUUGAGGUUUAGACGUUCUACUCCUGCGGCUGCACACUAAUAGCAGCGAUGUUUAUUUAAGAGGCAGCCGUACAAUGAGAGUAAAACCUUUUUUCAGCCAGACGUCGUCAAGCAUCGUAGUUUCUGUGUCACGCCAGGUUGCCAAGCAGCUGCUAUCUGCCUGAGGAACAACAAAACAGAGGAUGUAAACAAUGAUAGAGCAUGUUUGGACAAAGUAAUGAGGACAAACACAGAUAUGGGCUCAUUUUGAAGCCACAACAGGUCUCUGCUUUUAUGAUGUGAAAUCUUUGCAUGUUGAUUUAAGUGUUUUGAACUUAAGAUUAUGGACAGAUAGAUUGAAUGAGUAUCUGUAUUUGUAGAUGUUAAGUCUGUGCCAAAAUAAUCAAACAUGAAAAAGAGAGAAAAUGCUUCAAUCAGUAUUUCUGUCGCUUUGAGUGAAGACCGCGUAUAUUCAGCUUUUUCACACCAAUUUAUGUUUGGAAUAUUUUUGCAAUUAGGUUGUUAUUUCAGCUCAAAUUGAAUGAAAGCUGUGAUUUUGCUUAAAUACUAUCAUUGGAUUCAAUUUAAAUGCAAAUUUGAAGAACUUGUGGGCAGCUUUGUUGGAGUACAAGCAUCUGUGGAAGCAAAAAAUGUCGGGCCAACAUCGUCCCGUCUGAGUGCUGUCUUACCUUUGAACCGGUCAGGGUUAAUAGGAUUUAUGAUUUUCCAUCUGUCCUGAUUAAAUCUCCCGUCUGCUGAAAACUUUGGAUUUGUUUUCAAAAGGUCUUUAGAUGUAAUCCCGUCCCAGCACAUGAGGAUUUAGCUUUUAUAUAACUGAUUUACCUAUUUCCUAAGAGUUUAGAUCGUUCCCAGCGAGCCCAGCGGAGAGUGAUGUUUAAUUAAACGAUACAGAUUCAAGCAGCGAAGCUCCAAAAAUUACUCUUCCAGCAAAAACUACUCCCACUGAGAGUCUGUUCCUCUAAAUGUUUGUUUCUAGAAAAUCCAAGUCCUUCGAUUUAAUUUUAAUUGAACCAAAGUGUGUAUUACAGUAAGCUCAUUCUUUGAACCUGUAAACGGUUUAGGGCUGAGUUGUUUACUCGGCCGUUUGUGUGCGUGUGUGUGCGUGUGUGUGUGUGUGUGUUUGCCUGCCUGCACAUAUGAUGGCUGGCUGUUCACGUCAAGGAGCUGGACUGUGCGAAUGCCUUACAAGUCAGCUGAUUUCUGUCUUAUGACCAAAAUCUUGUACUUUUUUCCCCCUUCGAAUCACUUGAAAACAUUUUGUUGGCUUUUUAUUUGCUGUAUUAGCAGUAGGAACUCUGCUUUCAUACUUGUAAUACUUCAUCAGAUCAUCUGGGUUUCUUUUAACAAUCAGGAUUGGGUAAGCUCCUCUGAAUUUAACCUUAUCUCUCUCUUUCUUACUGUCUCAUCCUUCCUCUCUUUCUCUCUCUUCCCCCUCUUUCUCUCUUCCUCUCUUUCUGUCAGAAGCUCCAGGUGUUGGCGGAGGGGGCGGCCCCGGCGGGAGAUCUGUCGGAGGAGGUGGACGAGGUGCAGAGCUGUGGCGUCAAGCCCCCAGGGGAGGAGGAGGGCUACGACGCUGACAGUGAGAGUAACCCUGAGGACAUGGCCAAGCAGGAAGAGGGUAGGUCCAUGCACACACACACACAUGCACACACACACACACAUUACUCCUCAUGGAUCCACCGCCUCUGCAUGCAUCACACUGCUGCUAACCACAUUAGCUCUGGCUGUGUAGCUGCUCUGUGUCUUUUACUUCUAAAUCUUCUAACCAGCCUUUUUCUGGGAUGUUUUAACGAUGCUGUAAAUCACUUGAACUCGUCCUCAUCGUCUUCUCUUCGGUUUGUUUUUAUCGUUGACUAAUGUCAACAGAAUAAUCUUGAUGGAUUUUAAGGUCAUGUGUUUGUUUUAACCCCUCAACCCGCUGGAUUUUGCCCCUGGGAAAUCUUUCUUUUAACUCAUUUCUGUAGAUUAUCGUUGACUUUCAAGACUUAUAUCAACUUUUACACCAACAACACGUCCUCACAUGCUCUCGUAGAUUUUAUAUCAAACUUCCCUGUGGUUUUUUAUGCAAUACUCGAUGCAAAAACUACUUCCCUGUUUGGUUUUCUGUAUGAGGAUAUUUAGCAAUAAGUAGUGACUGGUUUUACAGCUCAGAGAUGACUCUGCAGAUGACUCUGCAGAAACAGGCCUGUGGGUGUUAUUUCCUCAGAACGGCCUUUUGUCUCAGCUCUGCCCUCCGCUCUGGUCGGGCAGGUUAAGAAGGUGGCCUGAUUACUCCUUUUUACUUUUUCAUCCCCUCAGAAUGGACUCAUUGUUUUAUGCUUUACAACCACAGGCUGAUACACUCUGCGGCCUCAUGAGCCAGGUCUUAUGACUUUAAGUCCUCGUUAAACGGAGACUGUAACUUCCUGGAAAAGUCCUACAUCCCGGAAAACAAAGAAAUACUGAACAUCUUUAAUUUAUUGUGUCCGUGUUGUUUCAGUGAGAAGUAGAAAGACUUCGCUGGGACCUUCUAUGAAGCACGUGAAAGCAAAGCUGUAGAGUCUGUUACCCGCACCGGUCACAGGGGACGACUUGAAGUUAAAAAAUGAUGAAAUAUUAACGGAGGUCUGUAACUGCUAAGAAAAAUAACAACGUUUUUAUUUGUGUCCCUGAUAUUUUCGACCCUUUGGUGAAAUCACUCGAUGAGAAGAUCAUUCAGGCUAACAAAGGUCAAAAGCAGACCUUCCACAGAGCGACUCUGACCUUUAGAGAUUGUCUGGACAGAUUUCUAAACAGUCUCCACGUCCCUCCUGCUGAUGCCUCGUCUCCUCUUGGAUUCACUUUUGAUCAUCUUUGAUUUUUAUAACAAACUCAGGUUCAGUUUCAUUUCCUUUUCACACACAGACAGUUUUCAGCCUCAGUCCUGUUGUGUUUUCAAGUUUUAAAAGCGGUUUGUCUCUGGUCGUGUUGUUAAACAUGGAGGAGCUCUGUGCACAGGGAGAGAGAGUGAGGUUUAUUAAUGAAAGGAGGUCCCUGGAGCUGUGAGGCUGCAGGGCUGCUCUCCUGUAAAUCAUGAGGGGACUCCCAUGCUGCUCUGGGCUCUGACGAAGGAUAACUCAUUUUUAUGAGCUGCCUCCUACAGGGAAGGACGGAGCCGAGGACGGGGAUGCCUAUGGAGGAGGAAGAAGAAACGCAGUCUGCUCGUGUGCGUCUCUCAUCUUGUGUGUUUACUCUCUUAGGGGUCAAGGUGGAGUCUUCGGCUCUGCGCGAGUUUGCGGCGGUGGCAGACGGGCCCGGGCGUGGCGUGCUGCUGUUUCCAGAGAUCUGCACGAUGGAGCUGCAGCUUCUCGCCACGGGCUCUCCGGACCUGGAGGUUCUGAGUCACGUGUUUCACAGCCUCCUUGGAGCCGUGCACGCCAACCGCCGUAACGCCGCCUUGCUCUAUGACCAGGUUAGACUUGUCACAUUUUCCCUUUUUAACCGCUUCAGCGCUCCGUGUUACUCUCGCUCCUCUCCUGACCUCCACAUGCUCUGUCAUCACAGGGAGGAGUCAAAACCAUCCUGUCUGGUUUUCACAACAUCCUCAGCCAAACAGACCCCUCCUUCACAGGUUUGUUUUUUCUCCUGGUUUAUUUUUACCUUUUCUGACUCUGUAGGAUGUUUUUCAUGAGGGAUGCCUGAGAAAUAAGAAAAAAAAAACACUCGGUUCUCUCAGUUUUCUCUGCUGCUAAGAUGUUUUUCCUGCUGCUGACAUUUCGAGUGAGUCCUCGGGGUUCAAACGUCAUCCUCAGCAUGAAUAAAUUCUGAGAACUCCUGGGAAAAUCUGCUCUCAGUUACUGAUUUCAGGAUAUAGAGCUGCUUACGUUCGUCUUAUUUUUCUCUUAUUCACUUCAUCCAUUUGUUGACAGUGACAAGUAAAGCUUUUUUUUGGAACGACUCAUGAAGUAGGUAAAAACAAUAAACCUUUACUUUCCCAGUACCAAAAAUCGAAAUUUAGUUCCCGUGUUUGUUGACUCCUUCUGUCUUUAAAUAUUUAUAGAUCCUACAUUUUUAUGUAGAGACUCAGGACUGUUUUCAGUCUGAGUAUUAUUGGCCAAUCAGGCGUCUGUAUGGAGAGCAAAAGCAGGCAGAACAAAAAACCACGGUAAUGAAAUCCCAGCUGUAAUCUGAUAAGGGUUUAUUCAUCUCUUUAUACACGUGCAGCAAACUGUCUGUCCGGGAUCAAACAUUAACGCUGAGACACAAAUCUGCAUGAUACUGUGUGAUGUUUAGAUUUCCUGACGUCCUGAACGCAUCAGAAAUCCAACCAACAUCUGAGGACCGACCCGACGAAGCUCGACUUUUUACUCAUUAGAAAACUGCAUCAUGAUGUUGAGUCUGAGUCUGUGAAACUGAGGCCGACCGGAGACGGAUGAUGAGGUCUCACCUGGUGGGAUGUAAUGAUUGAUUCAUCCAUCUGCUUAUCAACUUAUUUGGGACCAGACUGACCCUGUUUACAGUGACCCAGACACGGGAUGAACUCUAUACCCCACUAGCGAGCUCAUUUUGACUGAUGUCACUCUUUCUGUCACAACCCAUAAAAUGUAAGGAUCAUACAGAAACUGGCGAAUCGAAAGCCUUCAGUUUCAGCUCCCUCUUCAUUAUGCAGCUCACCACAGCCGAGUGUCAAUCUCAUGAUCCAUUUUAUCAGACUUGAACUCCCUCACCUGAGACAAACACUCCCCACUCACCCAGGAAGAGCGGUCCAUUGUUGAUUUUACUUAGACCUUUACAGGUAAAACAGAGUAACAGAGCGAGUUAGAAGAAGCGCUUUAAAUAUGGAAUAAAAAACACAGUUAUGUUUAAACAGAACAGAAAUACAAGAGGAACGACUUAAAACACAUCAGGAUGUAGUACUCUGAAUAUAUCUGAUCGUUCUCUUGGACUGAAUCAAUCUGAACCUUCUUCUCAGGGAGUUAAUUGGACUGUAAACAGUGAAUUUCACAGCAAAUCAAGACUCGGCUGAAAGUCUUUUCGAGCUCCACUGGAAUUCCUAAGAGGUUUUCCCCAGAGGUAUAAAUUGUCAUCAGACGGUAGCUGCUGGUUCAGACAGAAAACUAAUUAAUCCAGACUUUUAAAGGACUCUGUAUCUGCUGAUGUGUUUGUCUGCGGUCUGUUUGUCUAAACCGGAGAUAAUUUUGGCCUGAAGUGUUGGACUCAGUGAUGCUGCUCUUGGUUUUCUGCUGCUGUUGUGAUUUUAUGCUUUUCUUUGGUUUUCAUCAGAUUGUCAGACCGUGCUGAUGGAGCUGCUGGUCGCCAUGGUCAGCCAGCGAAUCACAGCAGAGGAGCUGGCCCUGUUGAUCCGCCUCUUCCUGGAGAAGACUCCGCCUACUGUAAAUAUCAAACCCCUCCCUGUCACUUAGCGUCACUUGGCUUGUUUUCCUCAAAUGGUUUAUUUAUCAGACAUCCUCUCUGCCGCCCUCUCUCUCUCUCUCUCUCACUCUCUCUCACUCACUUCACGCUUCUUUGAAACUCAUCAACACGUUACUCUUCCCCGAGCUCGCCGCAGUCUGUGUACAAUUAGCAGCGACGUGAGCAGAACAGAUGUGGUGCCACAGGUCUGUGUUUAAUUGGGAUCCUGCGGCAGACAUCAUUAAUAACCUGUCUGAGAAAUGAACUCCCAUAAGGCCAGAGGGCGGGUUAUUUUUAACCGUGUGAGCGUGACGACAUGUGACCUGUGUUUACCUGAAGUCUGUGAGAGUAAGAGACAUCAUGUGACCAUGUGUAACCCUGCUAAUGAUCCACUGAUGGUUUGCAGAGUCCAGGAUUUUGAUCUGGGUUUAUCACCGGACUAGACCGUCAGCUCCAAGACUGGAUCUUUGUACGAUGUCACUAACACACUCGGUCAUGUCUUACCUGCCAGGUGAUUCUACUGAAAGGAAUCCUCCAAAUCGUCGAAGCCAACAUGAACAUGGAGCCUCUCCACCUGCUCAGCUUCCCCAUAAUCCUCGGCGCAUCGACACCAGGAGGGUCGUCGGCGGGCUCCAGACAGAACGGUGCCGCCGGAGGGAAAAGCGUGGGUUUGCUGUGGAAAGGUAAACUAUCCCCCGGUCGCAGGGAAGGGGACGCAGACUUCAGACCGAGCCACAUACGAUCCUCUCCCUGGCACGUCUCCCCGCUCCAUUUGCCUCUGGUGGGGCAGAACUGCUGGCCCCACAUGGCGAGCGGAUUCAGCGCCUCCAUGUGGCUGAGGGUGGCAGAGCAGGAGGAGAAGGAUGCAGAGAAAGAUGAGGGUGAGACACUGAGCCUUUACAUCUGCAUAUAUCCAUCUAGAUCUCUUCACAUGGACUUACUUGUUCCAGUCGUACAAAUAUCACUUUGUUUUUCACGCAGCAGAUUAUAUAUCGUAUAAUAAUCCACUGGUAAACCACAUUGAAUACAGAAUAACCCUGAUCGUUGUGAGACUGAAACUGAAGUGUGAAGUGGUUUUGAGAGUCCUCUGUUGGUGUCCUCCAGAGGAGAGUAACCCUCCUGCAGCUGAGUCCCGUCACAGCUCCUCUCAGGCUGGGAUGAGGUCAGCCGAAGAAGGACUCAUUCAUAUUCUGUCCAUGGGCUCCAAAGCUCUGAUGCUCCAGGUGUGGGCAGACUUCUCCACAGGCGCCCUCACAUUCAGGUGAGCUCAAGCACGCACUCCAGCCUCAUAUACCUGUGUGAGUAAUCUGUUACUUCACGGCUCAGGGACCUUGAAGAACUGAAACCUGCCGUUCUUUCAGGAUUUGCAUCGAUCCAAACGAUGAGAUUAAAGCCGGACUUCUGGCUCAGGCUGAAUCUGGAGAGGAGCUCCUCCGAGCGGGACAGUGGCAGCACCUCGGCCUCACCUACACCCAGCAGCCCGAGGGCAAGAAGAACAUCCACGGCCAGGUGGUGGUCUGGGUGUGCGGCAUCAGGUGAGGAGACUGAUUUACACGAGUCAAAUUCAUGUAUAACUUUUACAGUUCUUGAGGAUUUUCUGAUCAUUUCACGGGCUCCGUUUCAGCGGUCCAUUAUUAGUCUUUGUAAAAAUCCCAUCUGAUGUUACUAAGCCAGUAAAACCUCUGCGUAUUGAUUCAUCAGAGUUUGCCAAAAGAAUCUCCAGUCUGACUGAUAUUCUAUUUUAUUCUGGAGUGAUCACUCUGCAGAGUUUUGGCUCAAAGUAAAAAUCUCGUGGAGGGCGAACACUGAAGGAUUCCCAAAACAAGUCCUGAUGUCUGUGAAAUGUCUGAGUGGGUGUGGGCAGCAGCUCUUCUGCCCUACAGACCCUUCAAUUACCAUCUUAUCGAUUUAUAAUCUGGCGUUCAUUAAUUGAAGCAGAAGCAGAUACAGAUCUGUUGCAUCAGAUCAAUUAAAUCUGGCAACCUAGUAAACCCCAUUUAGUAGCUGUCUGUUUGUUAGUACAACUAUAGGGUCAAAUUUAGAGAUGCAGAGGGUUAUAAAUCUCACAGUUUGAGUUUUUUUAAUCUUGCUUUUCUCCUGAUUGCUAAGCCAUGAUUCCCACUGAGCUAUUUCAAGGUGCAACAAACAAACAAACGCCUCCAUGCAUCUCAAUAAGUUGGCCUUCCACUGACGUUAUUCAUCAAAAGCUUCAUUUAUCAAACAUUCAGUUAUAUUCAGAGACAGAAAAUGACUGUUGAGAUUAUUUUAAAGCAAAAUUUGUUGUCCAAUUGAAAAACAAAAAACUCCCAGGUUCUGACGCAGCGAGAAAUCAGUGAUUCGAUAAAUACUGUCAGAUUACGAGGACGAGGAAAGAUGGAGAAUCUCUUCAACCAAAAUUAGGACUCGACUGAACUUCCAGUCAUUUUCUGUGUGUCUUUGGGUCAUGUGAAAUGUUCCUGUACUCCUGUCUCACGCUGUCAGUGAAUUAAAUGCCCUCUUGUUCCCGCCCCGCUCUCCUCUGUAUGUUUUUAGUUUCAGCUCAGUACACGGUGUAAAAACAGCUGCUGUUUUUUCCUCUUUAAGAUGAAACGUUUAACUCGGUCUCUGUUCCAGGAAAUGCGAGGUGUCUCUGGACUACACCUUACCCAGAAAAUCCAGUUUGUCAUCCGACAGCAACAAAACCUUCUGCAUGCUGGGUCACUGCUCGCCAUCCUGCGGGGAGCUGCUGAAAAACGGCGGGCGCUGGAGCAUGGGCACAGUGCUUCUGUUUAACGGUGGGGCUCUUGUUUACUCCUUAAGUGACUUCAAUCUAUAGACUUUUAAUCCCAGUCUCUCACUCUCUUACCCUUCCUCGUUUUUAACACCCCGGGUUGCCACUUGGGUUCAGCAGAGAACCGCACGGUCUUAUUUUAAAGUGUCGCGGCUGUAAAAAGCUGCCUCUGGUGUGAUGUGUGGCAGCUUUUCCUCCAGAGGCUCGGCGAAUCCUUCUCCUGUUGGCUGUAAUUGGCUGUAAAGGGCUGGUCUCUGGAUGGUUUCAAACUGUGAACCCGGCUGGUGUCUGUAGACGAGCUUUAGCUUCUCUGCUGCUGCUUGAAUUCACAGUUUUGAAGAGUUUAGUUUUUCUACAAGAAUCACCACAGGUUUAUAAAGAACAGAUAUAAAGGGUUAUAUUAUGUGUUAUUGAAUUACAGGAUAUGGAGAGAGUACAGUGAGUGGUUCAGAUGAACACUGAUGGUCGAUAAUUCUGCUUCACUGCUCCAUAAUAGCGCGGUAGUUUAUCUCCUUUCGCCUCCAUAUUUCAGGGUCAAGAAUUGGAUCCGAGGAGGCGCUCUACUUGUACACCAGCGGGCCCGACCUCUCAUCCAUCAUGCCCUGCAAGUACGGCAAGCCAAGUGGGAUAUUCUCCAAGUUUGUGACGGAGGAAGGCCUGAAGUGUGAGCACGUACGAGAGCUGCUGAUGAAAAGCAAAGAUGUGGAAACGACGGCGCUGGUCGUAAGUCUGUGUUUGGAUUUAAUAUGACCUCAAAUGUUGAGUGAGUUUAAACAAAGAAAAGUUUUAUUACUGUUUCUGAUUUAUCUGUGAAGUGACUCUAUCACGCCUCUUUAGUCAAAGUGCAGAUUUGUAUUUCUAACACGCCGAUCGAAUUAGCUUUCAUUAAUGGUGCGGCGUUGUGGGGAGUAAUUUUUCCUCGCUGCUAAAAGCUGUUACAGUUUGACUUCAGAUUUUUUAAUGGGACUGAAAAUAGUUUUUCCCUCCAUUAGAUGCUAAUGGGUUUGUUGGUAAUUGCUCUGCUGAUAAAGAAAGAAAAGAAAGAAAGAUCAUUUAAUUUCCACUCCUUGCUUAAUAAUCCUCGUAUGUUUUCACUGCUGACCGUAUCAUUCAUUUUUAGACCUUUAAAGCCACUGUGAGGAAUUUUUGACUGGUACUGAAACCGAUACUACGUCCUCUUUCUUACAAAAGCAAACAACAUUACCAGGAUUAAGGUUGAUCAUUUGUUUAUUCUAAUUUUUAAUGCCUGUAACCACCGUGGGGUCAGGCAUGAGACCAAUCAAUCGAUAGCCACUGAAGAAACAGCCUUUCUGUAUCCUGGAUUUGAGCUCUGAAUAAUUUUCGAGUCCAGCCUUUGCCAAAGUCUGUUUCUUGUUCUCUUGACAUCUGAGUAAGGUUCACGGCCGGGUCAUGAAACUUACUACAGAUGAAAGAGUCUAAAUCAGUUCAAACUGUUGUUAUCCAUUUAUCCCAUUUUUAUUUGAGCUAAAGAAAAUGAAAAACAGAAAAUGAGCCGUUGUCCGUUUUUUUUCAUUUUCGUUUCAGAGACAGAAAUUAGAAAAUUUUUUUUUUUCUUCUUUUAUUCAUUUUUGAUUUUAUUUCAAAUAUCUACUGAAGGAAUGAUACACGGAUUUCAUAUGUACAAAACAUCAUGAAAGUCAUAACGUGUAUCUGAGGCCCGGACUACACGUAUAUAGAUAUUUAUUUAUCAGGAUAUUUUUGUACUCCCGUCUAAAUGAAUGUACCUGUCCACACGUGUUAGUUCUCAAAAAUAUCUGCGUCCACACCUUCAAACUCAAAUCUGGUGCCGCUUAAAAAAACCUCAGGAACAAAGCUACCUGAUUGGCCGAUGAAUCGUAACAGUGUGAUGCGUCAUGCAUUGUUUGCGGAAGCUACGCUAGUGCGUCGGGUCCAUGUGACGGUGUCAUCUGCAGGCACAGCCCCUCUAACGGAGUUGUCCCACCACUUGCUGGUCUGACCGGGUUUGACCCAAAACUUUAGCUUCUGGCGAACUUUAAAACGCCUAACAUUAACGUUACGAUUGCUCUCCAAUAAAAGUAUUGGGCGCAGCAGACGCCUCUGUGAGCUGGCUGACUGGUGGAUGUAAUUGUAUAAAACAAGGUUCACUGUCAAGGCUGAAAUUAGCCCCAAAAGGGCAAAACAAACGUAAAGAAUACCCUGUAUGUCUGCCAUCGUUGUUGUUGUUUUUAUUUUUAAUUCACAUGCACGAGCUGCAGUUUGACGUCAUCGAUCCGUAAAAGUUCAACCACAUGAAUCCACUUAUACAGAUAUUUUUUUAUUUCUCCACUUGUUUUUUCGGAUUCAGAUUUAUCCGGUUUGAGUGUUCCAAACUCCCGUUUUGGUGUGGUAGGGAGGCCUAAUCGGACAUAAAUAUGUGCAAUUUGAAAUUUAUCCGAAUUCGUGUAGUUGGGGCCUGAGCCAACAGGGGGUGCCAGAAUCGGCACAAACUGAAACUUUUCUUCACGGAGCUUCAGUUAUAUUUUCAGUAUCUUUAAUGAUCAGGUAAAAACUCCACACAUGAGCUUUAAAGUUUUGGGAGUCUGUGUCCAAACAGUAAUUAUUUCUCAGCCCCGCAGUCUUUACUCAUUUAUUCUAAGAGGGGGAGAGUCUGUACUUGGCAGCAGGUGUCUGUCUGCCUGGGAGAAAAGUACAGCCGCUCCAUUCAGAUUUCCACAGAAACUUUGAGAUGAAAAUCUAUGAACGUUUCACAAAGAGCCUGAGGUCGUCACUGUCAUAUUUUCUAAUGAAACAGAUCGUAUGGAGCGGUAUUCAUCAGCCUUGUAUCUUUGGAGACGGAGGAGGUGGUUGUGAGUGUUUUUUUUUUUUCAGUCCUGAGCGGAAGGAUGUGUCAGCUCAGGACAGAAAUCACAAUGAUGGAGGGAAAAAAGAGGAGCAACUGGAGAGGCAAAUUGUUUGGAAAUAGGCCUGUCUAACAGCCGCUCAGCAGAAAUGAUGAUACUGCUGUUGUUUCCUCAGAUCAUGUCGUGUAGACUCUUUCCAUCCCUUCCACUCCAGCUCACAGCAAACUUUAAGAUUAUAUGUUUAUAAUCAGGAGAACGGAUCGAGGGGACAGAGUCACUCUAAAACAGUGAUCAUGUUUGUCGUGUUCGUGUUCAGGAGAGCCUGGCUGUCGUCUACGCUCCCAGCAGCCCCAGAGUCUACACCAUCUACGAGCCGGUGAUCAGACUGAAGGGUCAGGCCAAGACGGUGGUCACCCAGAGGCCGUUCAGCUCCAAAGAAGUUCAGAGUGUUUCCCUGGAGCCGAACUCUCUCAAAUCUCUGCUCCCGACCGAAACACAAGGACUGCAGAGCGUCCUGCACAAGAUCGGAGGGACCGGGAACUUCGUCUUCCUCUUUGCACAGGUACGAUGGUCCUGAGGUUCCGGUUCUAGUUCUAGUUCUAGGUCAUGCGGAUAUAAUUUUAAACAUGAUAUUAAAAUUGUACGUAGUAUUUUUAAAGCUUUUUUCUCUCUUCCUAAAAUUCACACAGCCUCCAACCAAAUCUCACUUUAAAGCUCGAUAUUAGGCUUGUGGGAUUAAAUUCACUGCUGCAGGACUGGUGUGAAUUCAUGUUUUUAAGAAGCAAGCAACACCUCGCUCAGUCUUCAGACUUUCUCUCCUCACAUUUUUCAUCCUCUCUUCUUCCUCUCCUUCUUCUUCGGUGUCAUCCAGACGGUGGAGCUGAGCGACUGCGAGAGGACUCAGGCUCUGGCCCUGCGCGUGCUGCUGUCUCUCUCCAAGUUCAACCAGCACCGCAUCCACGAGAUGGACUGUUACCAUGGUUACUCCAUGAUCCACCAGGUCCUCAUCAAGUCCAAAUGCAUCGUGGGAUAUCAUAUGCUGAAAGUGAGUCAGACCUUGACCUCUGAGCCGUGAGAUAUUCCACCUGAUCUGACCCGACGCCUCGGUGGCGCUCUGAGCCGGUGGUUUGUGGUGACUCUGCAGAUUGUCGCCCCUCCAGCUGUGUCUGUAAUUGAGCUGUGUGCUGAAACACGGAGCGCCCGCAGAGUCACACCGCACCUCUGAUUACCUUUGUCACCGUAGGCUCCUGGAUACUGCAGCAUAAAGCAGAAAAGUGCUCUGAUUAGUCAUAUUAAAGAGUCAUUAUUAUUAUUCCCAUAUGACUAAAAAGGACGUGCUGGCUCCUGCUCUUAACUCUCCUCGGCUGCAAAAGUGGAUCUUUAUUAUCUGUUGUGUUAUAAGCCGAAGAAAAGCAAGUAUUUAUAGUGAACAUAACAGCAGCAAGGUAAUUCAGGGUGAGUCGUCAAUUCAUCACAACAAAGGGCAGAAGAAAACUGUCCAGAGAAAACAUCUGGAAUGAAAAAUGAGAGUGUUCUUCUGCUCUUUUGUCAGGACAUACAGAAAAGUGAUGAUAAGAUGUCUUUAGCUUUUGUGAAGCAGCAGGAGGUGAAAGAAGGAGAAAAGAGACGAAUUUAGGAGGUUAUCAGAAAACCAGGAGAAGUAAAUAUUAAACAGGCAGGAGUCAAUGACGACCAGAGACAGAUCGAUUUAUCCAUCAGCUGAUUCAUUUUGUCACAAAGAUCUUUCAAAAACACAUUUUUCUAAUUCCUAGUGACAGAAAAUCAAAUCAGGGACAGUCAGGUGACGUCUUUAAAACAGAGGAUCUGGAGAAAUUUCUGCACUAAAGGGACAAGGACCAAAACCAGGACUGGACGGUACUGGAAAUCGCCGCAUAGAAAGGACAACUGGACUUACUUGAGAAGGCGGAACGUCUCAAGUAAGUCCAGUUGUCCUUUCAACGAAGAAUUGGAAAUCAUAGAUGCUGCAUCCUCAGUUUUAAAGAGCAAAGUAGUUUUAAGUUCAAAUUAUUUGUGUAAGACCUUGAAAUAAAAACAGAAAUUGAGAAGUAGACAUUUAUGACAAAGGUCCAACCAGAGCACCUCAACAGGUCCGAUAAAGAGCUGUACUCUGACAAGGUAACAUAAAUAAAAGUCACAAUACAAUAAAUGAAUAAAACGGUGAAUAAUCUGGGUAAUCACUCAACUACUAGAAAAAGAAAACCGUAUUUACUACAUUUAAUUUGCCCAUAAUAACAGAUUUAUUCAAAACUUUCUUUUAUUUACUUUAACCGCAGUAUUUCAGUUUGUUUUUUUCUUAUUUUAAUGAAUUAAACUGGAAGGAAUAAAACCUUAAAGUUCCUGUUGCUGAUACUUAACUAACCGUGAUUUAUUCAUUAAAAUGUCAACGGUUUAAUUCUCAAAAAAUUAAAAAAAUUGAGAUAUCAUCAUGUAAAUAACAGUCAUUAGUAAAUCUGCUCUCUUUUAUAAUCCGUGUUCAGACACUCUAACCGUUGGAUUUGUAACGACGGGGAGACAGAGGUGGAUUUAGGAGGUAACUUGUUGUUCCGCAGGAGAAAGUCAGCGCUACCCUGAGACCUGACACGGUGCGAUGGUCCACCAGUCAGCGGAAAGUUCAUUUCAUAAAUCUUGCAGCGCCCUGGGAUGACUCUGGAGGAGGCGUACGAAGGGAAAAAGCUUAGAUGUGCAGACUUAACAGCAGCAGAAGCUAAACAGAGAGGAUGGAGAGGUGAGGUUUGUCCCCGUAGAGGUCAGAUGACGAAAAUGAACCGCCUCAUACUGGUCAGACUGGGAGUGUGUGGACAGAGUCUGGGCUGUAGAAGAAUAUAAAUUUAGUCCAGGGAGCAGAUUUACCUGUCGUCGAGUUACUGUCUCGAGGGAAAACAGACACAAAACGUUACAAACUGCGUGUCAGACCAUCUGGCCUCGGUCUGGAGACCUGGAGGACUGUCAGAUUUAUACCCUCUGCAGUGAAGCUGGUCACAAACGCCGGACUCGCUGAUCAAUACAGACCGGGCUGCUCUGAGUGAAUGGCUUUGGGUUUAACAGAGUGGUAAGUGCUGCAAAAGUUCUAUGAGACACUAUCGAUCCUGUUUGGGUUUAAGCUUCUGCACUGUGAGGUUUUUUUUUUAAUAGAUAGAGAACAUUUCAUCAAUACCGAGACGUUGCCCGCCGGUUUGUUAACCUCCACGCUGUUCCGUUAAGAUCUGAGAGGUUAGUGAGCACCGAGUUAUGAAAGCCGCACCGUCUGAGCCCGUGAAUAAUUCAUCAUGUGGUUUGUCAGCAGCUUAAUCAUUGUGUUUCCGACAAAUUGAGAUUCUGUUUGCGACGGUAGCUGCAGUUGUUUCUUUAAUCAGCCUUUUCAUUACAUUUCCCCCUCGUUGUCUCUGCCAACAACAAUCAAUCCCGACUCUCACGCACGGGCCGCCGCGAAUAAAUCAAUCCGUGACAAACGCCAAAUGAGUUAACAAGCCAAAUAUAGCGAGCACAGACGCAGGUAGCUGCCAAUUAGUGCGAACGUUUGAAUAAAAUAAUGUGAUGAUUUGACUCCAGCUCCACAAACACAGACCAGAGUUGAAGUUCAGGGUCUGAAUCAGCCGAGGUUAAUUCCUAAUUAAACAGAACUUAAAGUCUCCGUAGAAGUCAAACAGUUUUGAGUUUCAGCACAAACUCCUGGUCCGGUUCUGUCUCUGCAGACUCUACUGGACGGAUGUUGCAGCGGCUCGAUCCUCCUCCUCGGGGACGACGGACAGUUUCGUUUGGACACCGAGUCUGUCGCCGUGGUUCAGGAUAUCAGGCUGCUCUCAGACGUCCUGCUGGACUGGAAGAUCUGGGCCAAGGCUGAGGUAAACACAAACAUCACAGAUCACUGGUGCAAUACCUUAAACCACAUAUCAAAAAAUUAUCUUCAUCCAGGAUCAAUUACAGAAAGUCAGUUUUCUCCGCAGGCUGAACGGACCCUCAGCACAGAAAUGUAACUGAAUAAAAAGUUUAAUUCCUAAACGGCACAUCUCUAUUUUCUCCCAAGGUUUAUUGAUUCAUUUAAAUUCAGUCCUGAAGAGCAGAAAAGAGCUCAAAUCAUGAUUUAAUAAUGAGUCGGUAAUAAAUUCAGACACUUUCAUCAGCGUCAUUUCAUUCUCACCAGGAUUCCUUUAAAAAACACACCGAGUUUAAAAGCAGGAAAGUGGUUUGAACUCAUUUUCACCUUGAUUUGAAAAGUUUGGAACGAACCGCCAACAGACUGUUAAACAUGAGAUUAAAGGGAUAGUUCAGAUAGUUUUACCUGGAGACGUGUAAGACCAUGAUAAGUAGUCAGUAGAAUGAGAAUCAGUGAGUAUCUACAGAAAGGCUGAGCUCCUUAUGACUGAAGAUGAGACUAGAGGUGAAAAAAAAACAUUCAGGCAGCUAAACUCAAGGACCACAGCAGAGUUUGUGGGUCAACAGUAAACCGUUGUGUUGUUUCUGCAGGUCGGGGUUUGGGAGACUCUUCUUACUGCGCUGGAGAUCCUCAUCAGAGUUCACCACCCUUAUCAGGUCUUCAACAUCCGUCAGUUCCUCAAGGCUGAAGUCGUGCAUCGCUUCCUGCUCACCUGCCAGGUGUUACAGGUGAGUUACCGUCCUCAAGUUGUUUUCACUUCAGGGGCUUCAUCGUGUUGUAUGUGUCAGUAGAUUUUAUUAAAAUAAAGAUGCAGUGUGUGAAGAAAAAAAGCAAUGUUUCUGUUUCUGACGCUGUCGUGAUUUUCUGCAGGAGCAUCGAGACGAGCACCUGACCGCCAUCCCUCAGGAAGUCUGUCUGUCAUUUGUGAAGAUCAUCCAGGAGGUUCUCGGGUCUCCUCCGGACAUGGACCUGCUGAAACUGAUCUACAACUUCCUACUUGCUGUUCACCCGCCUACAAACACCUACGUCUGCCACACGCCGUCCAGCUUCUACUUCUAUCUCCACAUCGGUGAGGAAAAAGAAAAACCAAAGGGUUGCAUCAGGAUAAAUCGCUGAUCUAAAUAUCUGCAGUACUUUUACAAAUGUAGUUCAUUGCUGUGUUUUUCAGACGGGAAGCUGUAUCAGGAGAAGGUUCAGUCCAUCAUGUACCUGAGACACUCCAACAGCGGAGGAAAGUCGGCCAGCAGCUCUGUGGUGUCGCUCUCUCCGACGGUGUUCGCUGAAGCUCCUCAUGAAGGUAGAGCUGCUGAGACUGAUUUAAUCUAACACCCGCUCUGGAGAUCCUAAAGAGCUGUGUUUAUUUUAUGCUUUGUCGUCUCAAGUCUUUAUUGUUCUGCUUUAUUUCAGAGUUAUAACCUCCUUUGUCUGUAAAACCUACUUUUUGAUCCUUUAAUUUCUUCUUCCUGCAUAAACAAGAUAUUUGUUUUCUGUCUAAUGCAAUUACUCUGCGUUCAUUUAUCACAACCACAAGGCUUUUAGCAGAAGUUUUACUGCAUGUGUUGAACAAAAUGUCUUCACAGAAGUAAACUCACAGGAAGAGUUUAGCUUAUAAAAGUGCUGAGUCAUUCCCUGAAAUGUUUCAGGUCAUCUCCCUGCUCCUUCCCCUGAACACGGGGGAGACGAUCAGUCGCUACGCCCUCCCAGUCUGGCUCCGUCUCCGUACGCCUCCCCUCUGCUGACCCCCCGACUCGGACACGGCGUCUCGAAUGAAGGAGCUGAGAGUGACGGGGUCUCCCUCAGCACUCAGCAGGGUCUGGGCAGCACUGAGACGCUGAAGAAGGGCGGAGGUGAAGAGCAGCUCCUGAGCAGCUGUGAAUCAGCGAAAACCAUCUGCGAGUCGAAGGACGCAGGAGGGGGAGGAGCCAUGCAGACGCCCUCCAUCAGCGUGGAGGAGGAGCGGGACGAGGCGGCCGAGGUGGACAGUCUGGCAGAGGGCAGCGUCGGGGUGGCGGAGUCCGAGGACAGGUUUGAUUGGGCGAGUGAUGAGGCGCCACGCCGUCCUGACAGUCUGAAAGGGAUCCAGUCCUUCCAGAGGAGCCACAGCAACCUGGCCAGUCUGGGUCUGGCCUUCCCCGCUGCAAACGGCUCACUGGCCAUCGGGCGCUGGCCCACCGCCGCCGACAGAGCCUCCAUGCCGGAAGACUGGGAGAGCUACACCUACUCACCUGGAUAUGAGAGAGCGCACAGCAAGGCGGAGUCAAACGACAGGUGAAUGACCGACACACUCGUUACUGCACCUCUGAUCUACAGAAAAAUACAGAAAACUUUUCAGCCCGAACAGAAGAGUCCACACAAAAGGAGAGGAGUGAACCGGAGCUUCAAUCUUUAAUUACACUUCCUGGUUCUCAUUCAUGAAACAUAAACAGAAGGAUUUUUGUUUGGAAACUAUUUGCUGGAGGGAAUUUACGUGUAAUCUGACAUUCAUCAAUAUUUCAGUGGCUCCAAUCUUGUUGAAUCUGGUCCGAACAGAUUCUUACCUGCUUCCUACUGGCUGUAGCUGAUGUGUAAAUAAAGAGUCCACAUAAAUAUUACCUGUUAUACCGCCUGAGGGUCACUCCACCGCCACCUACAGAAGACAAAAAUCUUUUUCUUUAUUCAGCCUCACACAAAAUAAUUUCAGUCUCCACAUCUACAAAGUUUUCUCUCUCUUUCCUUCUCUCUUGACGUGCCACAGGAAGCACAUAUCCACACGUCCUUAUAUAGUAUUCAUUGGCUCUAAAUAAGCUUACAAUUGAUUGGCAGGAUUUUCGGCUUAGGAUUUUUGAAACCCUUCACACAAGACUCAACAAGUUUUGUUUCUGUCUACAUAAAAUCACAUUAAAGCAUCCCGUGUUUCUGCUCUUCUUCAGGUCCAGCUCUGAGGACUGUCUGGUGCUGAUCUGCUGUGGACUCUACGACCUGCUGAGGGGGAUCCUGCUGCUGCUGCCAGACCUCAUGCUGGAGGAGGUGAUGGACAAACUCAUCCAACCAGAGGCUCUCAUCGUCCUGGUCAACCACUCAUCCCCUCUCAUUCAGCAGGGGGUCAUGAAGGUUGGUACUGCAACCGCUCGCAUGAGUCCAAUAAACUGAAUUUGUUUUAGUUUUUUAUGUGGAUUAAACUCCCAGUAUGAGCUCAGAACUUUGAAAUCUGACAGAUCUGGUCUCUUGUUGAUCAUCACUCGAGUGUAAACCCUCAGAGGACUUACCUUCUGUAUGGGCACUUUAGUCUCCUUUAGACCCGUGCUUUCUCAUACAGACUUCUGCAGUGAAACCUUUCUGCUGACUACCGUCCUCAAAGGUCACAUUCAUUAGUUUAACAUUCAUGAAGAUCUUUAAAGGAGCUUGUAGGCAGAUUUGUUUCCUCUGGAGAAACCUUCCGUGUCUGUUUUCUCCUUUUUAAAUCUUUAUUUUGCUGUGGGGUAAUUGUGUGUUGGCUAUGGCUACAUGUCUGUUACAGAGACACAGAAAAAGGCGCCAACUCUCUGCAAAAAGACUAAAUUUGAUACUUUAUGCCCAAAGUUAGUAAGAGAAACUGUAUUCUUAAAUCAGUGUCAAUUUUGGAGAACAGAGACGGAGUUUUUAUUACCUUUGAACCUGACUCCAUCACUGACCAUGUAGAUAAUCAUGAAUGCCUCACACGGGGCACCAAAAUGUAGCGAUUUGAAUUUAUAAUAAAUGUCAUACUUUAAGAUUAUUAUCAAUUAUUAAUCUUUGGACAUUUAUUACAAAUACAAAUCACUACAGCAUAUUACAGGAUAUAACUACUGUUGUUACAGUUUUUUUCUUGAAAUUACAUCAAGUUUUUAUCCUCCCCUCCUAGCUGCUGGACGCAUACUUCAGCAGAGCUCUCAAGGAGCAGAAGGAGAAGUUCCUGAAGAACCACGGCUUCUCUCUGCUCGCCAACCAGCUCUACAUCCACCAGGGCAGCCAGGGGCUCCUCGAGUGCUUCCUGGAGAUGCUGUUCGGACGACCGGUGGGCCUGGAGGAAGAGUGAGUCCUGAUACUGAACUCCUUUUUCUGUUAUAACACCACUUACAUCUUGGGCUGCAAGUCUGUGUCCAAUAGAGUGAUUUCUCUUUUAGUGAAGAUAUUUGUACAUCAUAUUUCUACAUAGCACAAAGUCAGCUCAAUGAAAACAUGAAAAAAAAUGUAUAUAUAUAUAUAUAUAUAUAUAUAUAUAUAUAUAUAUAUCAGUCUACAGAAAGUAAAUAGUCAAAGGCGAUUUUUAAGAUUUUUAAGAAGUGUCUUGUUUCCUCAUGUUUGUUGAUUCUGUUCUGCUCUUCAGUCUGGAUCUGGAGGAAAUGGAAAACAUCUCACCCUUCAGGAAGCGCUGCAUCAUCCCGGUGCUCGGUCUGAUCGAGAACUCUCUGUAUGAAAACUCUCUGGUGCACAACAUCCUGUGCAUGCUGCUGCAGCUCCUCAACGCCUGCCCCAAGCUGGCAGACAUCCUGCUCGACCACGGGCUCCUCUACGUGCUCUUCAACACCCUCUCUACGCUCAACGGCAUGGAGAACGGGUAAGACUGCCAGAACGGAGCGUGAUUCAUUCAGACACCUCCACGGACUCUGGCUUUUGUCUCAGCUUGAAUCGAAUCAUGAAUCCUCUCACUGCUCAUUGAUCCGCUGCAUGGAGAGAUAGACUCGUAUCCUGUGCUUUUGUUUUCUUACUCCCCCUCCCUCUCCCUCUGCAGAAUUCCCCUGAACGACUACAAGCUCCUGGUGUGUGACAUCCAGCAGCUGUUAGUCGCCGUCACCAUCCACUCCUGCAGCUCUUCAGGGUCCCAGUACUUCCGCAUCAUCGAGGACCUCAUUACCUUGCUCGGUUUCAUGCAGACGAGUAAGAUGCGGCGCACGCAAGGUGAGCACCACAUCUGUAAAUAUUCGUAUAACAUGCAAAAUACACCAGUGUGGUCUUCAGCUGAGUGAGAAACGGUGCUGUCACUUCAUGAUCUGCAGCUGUGGAGGGGAAACUCAUCUGAGAUUAUGUCACAUCUAUAUCUCUACACUUCAGUCUCAGUCGACUUUGUAUUUUUUAUUAUCACUCUGCAAGAGCACAAUGCUCAUGUCCUUAUGUUUGGUCAUCUGUCACACAGCUGAUGAAAAUGAUAAUGAAACAAAAAUAAAUUAAUUAGUUACACAAAACGAUAAACAUUGAUGAACAUUGUACAUGACACAGGUCAUCUAGUGUCAGCCCCUGAUCAGUCGCAGUGUUGGAGUCUAGUGGGCCAAUGAGCCGGUGCCAGAAGCUCGCCGUGAUCUUCAGCAGCUGCUUCACUCAUUUUCAGACAUCUGUGAUCUAUCACAUCAGUCCUGAUACCUCCAUAGAAUAGAAUAGACUUAUUGUCAUUAUGCAGGUCUCUACACAACAAAAUUGGAGAGGCUCCUCUGCAGGCGUGUUGUAAUGUAGAUAUAAAUAUGUUUGUCUCGCAAACAAUCUUAAAAACAACAAACAAAUUUAAAGACGACAGACAAACAAUCAGCACUUCAACUGCACUAUAACCUGCAGGGAUUCACUGAAGUUAACCGUGCCGUUGUAAGCAUGCUGAACUGACCUGUCAUGACCAUCAGCGUUGUUUAAACCUUUAAUUACUUGUGAAAAAAUUGCAAAACAUAUUAUUGUUCCAUCCCACAAAUAAAUCUAGACUGUUUAUUCUUGAUGAAGCUCAGUUUCAGUCACCCAUGAACGGCAUCAGUCGACUUCUAAUAUCGAACCCUCUCUUAUUUCUUUCUACAGAGAUGGCCGUGGCUCUGCAGUUCAGAGUCCUCCAGUCGGCGAUCGAGUUCAUAAAGACAACAGCCAAUCAGGAACCUCAGAAGCUGAGCAGCCCUGUGAAUGCACCGAGCUCGCCGCAUCACGCCAUUUAUCAGAAGAGGAAGAGUAUCGCUGGUAAGUGUUUCAUACUGACGGAGGAGUUGGAAAGUUUUUUGUCCCAUUUCAGGUAUUUAAACAUUAGAAUUAUUUCCUGUAUUCAUACAAAAAUUCUCAUUUUAACAUUUUCUGUACAUCUUUGUUUUAAUGAUGUGUUUUAUUUCUGUCUCUCUGCAGUAGUCGUAGUUUUCUUCUCAUAGCCGGCUGCGUCUGUGUUCAUAGUUUUUUUAUUUUCAGAGAGUAUCUGAGAGAUAAACCUGACUCUGGUUUUAGUGACUGUGUAGAAGUCUGGUCUGUUCUGUAGUUCCUGUCUGUCUGUUUUAAGUGUGUGUCUCAGUCCUGUCCUCUUCACCUGUCUCCUCAUCGAUCCUCUGCUCGUCCCGCUCUGAAGGUUCCAUUGCCAUGAAAGACUCCAUUAUCCCCCGCAUCCCCCGACAGCACUACUGCUCCUACGGUCAGAUCCCCCUCUCCCCUCCCUUCAGCUUCCUGUCCCAGGACUCCCCCCUCCCCUCCCCCUCAGGAGCUCCGUCCUACAUGCUCCACUGUGACGCAGGUAGCUGGGGCCGAGGUCCACAGCCGAGAACAUCCUUCCUCACACGGGGCAUGUCUCUCCUCUUUGCAGUGAACUCACCUUUUUUCCCCUCACACUCACCUGGGGGUUAAUUUGCCCGGUGCAUUUUUGUGCUGCUGGUGCCUUUUGUGUGUGUGUGCAUGUCUGAAUGUUUAACUAAAUCACUGUUAAGCAUUUCCACACAGAGGGCAUCCUGAUCUUUCUCUGAUCCUCUCUUUUGUUUAAUCAUUAACGGAAGAUUUGCAUAACCUCACGCUGAACUUUAACGGGGAAAAGAAAGUGUGCGUUCACUGACAAACAGCGCAUCGUUAAACCUGAUCUUAAGGUCAUGCUGUCCUCUCUCAGGUCGGCGGCGGUUCUCUUUGGCUCAGACCGACUCCCUUCUGAUGCGGAUGCGAUCCGUAGCCAGCGACGAGCUCCACCAGAUGAUGCAGAGGAGGAUGAGCCAGGAAAACCCGAUCCGUGCCAAUGAGACCGAGUUUGUCCAGCGGCUGCAGAGACUCGUGGUCCUCGCUGUCAACAGACUCAUUUACUACGGUAAAAAAAAUCACCUGCAUGCUGAGCUUAAAAUUGAGGAGUUUAAACACCAAAACAGAUUCAGGAGGAGGAAUUUCAUCUUUUAAAAAUUCAUCAACAAGAUAUAUAAAAAAAGGUACAUCAGCUACUAUCAUGUGUGCCGAGGGGACACUGAGAGGGAGCUGGGAGACAUGCAGAGUACGAUAUGAGGUAACCACAGAGACUCGGUGUCUACGGACUUGUAAUGUCCCAUAAUUCUUUGCCACCCAGCUGGCAGUAACUCCAGAGUGCAGUUUUUUCUUGGCGGAGAAGACCCUGGGGAUCUUACCGAGACUUUCAGGUACUUCCAUGCCUUCGAGGAGGAAGUAAAGCAGACACACUCACCCCGUGAUUGUGUGAUACUGCAGCGGGAAGUGACUCACACCGCCAAAGCUCAUGAAUUAUACGUAUAAAGCUUAGGAAUGAGCUCAUGGCUCUGCUUUCUCCGUGCAAGAACAUGCUGUCCCCUGACCAAAAUUUCUAACGUGCAUGAAAUUCAUCCAAGAGUGAAAAAAAACACAUCCACCUUCGAUAUUUCCUGUCUAAUCCUGGUCCCGUGUGUCUGUCUCUCUCUGGUUUCAGAUGUGAGUCAGGAUUUAUUCGACCUGCUGAACAUCCCCGACUCUCCAGAUCAGCAGCUCUUCACACCAGAUCCAGGAGAUCCCCAGCAGCAGGAGGAGAGCGGCUCCUCCUCCGUCCCUCACUCUCCCACCCCCUUCACCUUGCCGCCUGCCAGCAAGAAGAGCUUCCAGAAAGACAUCCUUCGACUAAUGAUGGACGGGAUCAAAAUCAGCCUGGUAUGACUGCUGCUGACGCUCUCUGAGAACGUCCUCUGAGGUGUUUUAAUCUGGACUCUUACACCUGCUGUUGGGGUUUGUGGUCUCACAGGGCAGCACGGGUCGAGGAGGAGCGCCACACCAGCAGUGGAGGAGGAUCCUGUGGUCGUGCCGGGAUACUUUCAGGGUCCAAAUCGGGCGCCUGCUCGUGCACACGCUCAGUCCUUCACUUCCCCUGUCCGACAGGAGGGAGGCGCUGGAGUUUGUGUUCGAUCCCCGACAUCUGGACAUCCUGAAAGAGAGCCUCAGCCCGGGUCUGGAGGUGAGAAUGGAUCUGAAAUAUAAACCUGAACCUGAGAGCUCAGAGGUUCUUCUGUUUUCUUCUUUGUUCAUUCAGUCUAGGUGUUAAAAUCAUUUGUUAUCCAGUUAAACUGAAAAGUCUCAUAACUUUCCACACAGUCCACGCUGUGAGUCGACUCCUGACGUGGCCCUCUGCUGCAUGUCCUCACUUCUUUUUAGAUAAAGCAGGGAAAAUAAUGAAAAAAUAACUCUUCCUGAAUCAUAUUUCUACAGAAGAUAAAGCUCCUGGAUGAACUCUACAGACUGAAAUUCAUAUUAAUGCCUCUUUAUCAGCUACAGGAGCAAGUAAGAACAUCAGCAUAUAGACUGAAUAUUCCUCUGUAGUUACUCUGAAGGCCUGAAGUCACUGAGAGAGUCAGAGGGAGAAAUUAACUCGAAGCUGCAGAAUCAGCUUUUUAUUCAGUUUCCAGACUCUCCACAGGUGAAAUAUUUUAAUAUUAGAGGAGACUUUACAGGAAAACACACUUCUUACUGAGAAGAGAAAACAGGGAUCACUUUAUACAUAAAAGAAACAAAAAUAGACACAAAACAAAAGUUACUCACUGAAGCUUUAAUCUCAAUCAAAUUACAUUUAAUCUACAAAACUAGAAAAUGUACGAGAGCUGGUCUAGACCAAAAUCUACAAUCAUAUUUACAAAGACCAACGUCAAGACUGAGCCCAAUUUAGUAAGAUCAGACCUACUCCUAUCCCAUCUUCAUCCUAUGAGUGAAACACUUCACAAGUUACAGUAGAGAGGAAGAACUUCCUUUAACAUGCAGAACCCGCGAGCAGAACCAGACUGAUGUUAGACAGACAUCUGCUGAGACUAAACCACAACAACAAAAACAACAACAGUAUAAACAGUAUACAUACUAUUUACAGGGACAGCAUGAUAAUGAUGAUAACAGACGGAUCUCAGUUUGUCGAGGUAGAUAAUGGGAGUUGGAAAUCGAUCAGCUGAAGCAGAAAGACUCAAAAAGUUCUACGAUCAGAAGUUCUGGUUCUGUUAUAGUGAUAUUUACAGAGGCAGCAGCAGUGAUCCAGAUGAACCUACAGGAUGAGGGAGCUCAGGGACCCCCAGAAGAGACUGUGGUUGGUGUCUCUAACGGGGAACUUCAGUGAUGGGUUUCAGUCUAAUACGCUACACCUGUAUGAUUAAUACAAGCCUGAUAUUUAUGCAUGUGUCAGUCAGAGCUGUAGGGAUUUUAGGUAUAGGAGACAUUUGAAGGUUUUCCAAAAAUAAACACACAUUUAUACAGUAUUUAAAAUAUGAUUUGACUCAGGUUGUGAAGGGGAAAGAUAAUCAACUUAAACCAGAUUUUUCUGGUUAAACAAAGUUCUUUAUUUAUGAAGAAAGUAGUCGAACUGAAAAGUCAACCUUCCUUAUAUGUUCCAUUUGAAGGAUUUUAGACUCCAGAUUUUUACUCCUCUGCUCGUCUCUCGCUCCCCAGUGCAGAAGUUUUGACCUUAAGUCUGCGUCAGGAGAAACUUUGAGCCGAGUCUGUCAGAAUCACUGCAUUUUUACUCGCUCCGACAAGUUUUCCCAGCAGCUGUGGGGCAGUGACUCUGAAAUAACUCUUAUAGAUGUAUUCAUGCUCUUCUUCACCAUGGGGGUCUCCUUUUACUCUGCAGCCUCCUCUCGGGCCUAACUGAAGGUCAACCAGCACGAUAAGAGUUUUUUUUUUCCUGUCCGUCACAGCGUGAGGCAGACAAAACAGAAAACACCCCUCUUUCUCUUUCUUUCUCUCAGCAUGGGCCCAAGUUGUCGCUCUACCUGUACGAGAUGCUGCACGACCACAAGGACAGCCUCAGCAAAGAGGAGCUGAAUGCCGUGGGCGUGUUUAUGACCUCACUCAAGCUCUGUGGGCAUCGCUGCAUCCCACCCAACGCUCCGCACAAACAAGAUCUGCUGAAGGCCAUUAAGGAGGUAAAUCCUGCGGAGAAACGCAGACAGAAAAACACUCGCUGCCUUUUUAGUCAAAGUUUUCUCGCCUAAUUAUCAACUUACUGCUGGUGGAAAAUCUGGGAUAUAAAACUUGUUUACUCGGAUUUUAUCCACAGGAAAAAUUCAAGUAUGAAGCAGAGGAGAAAACAAGCAAACUGGCGUGGGAAAAGAAAAUGGCCAGCACUCAGAGGAAGUGAGUUGGGGCUUUUUUUUCCUUGAUGUGACAUAAAUCCUCCGCUCAAGAAAAUAUGAAAUAAGAAUCGUGUCUUUGUUCCCAUCUGCUAAUCCCUCCAAUUUUUCUUUCUCCGCAGUCUUAUCCAGAGACUGGACGGAAAGUCCAAGGACAUUUCCAAGAUCGCAGCCGAUAUCACUCAGAACGUGUCUCUGCGGCAGGGCAUGGAGAGAAAGAAAGUCAUCCAGCACAUCAGAGGGCUUUACAAGACCGACCUCAGCGCCAGCAGACACUGGCAGGAGCUGGUGCAACAACUCACACACGACCGGUGGGCGUUCAGAUAAAUCUCUCACAUGAAAUUCGAUUAGUUUUACACAAACUUUAGAGUCCUGUGUCACUUUGUCAAACCUAAAAAUACACAUCGUUGUAGGUUAAUUGGAGUAUAACCAGCAGCAUUAAUUUGUGCAGGGAUUUUUAUAAUGCACCUAAUUCAGGUAAAAUGAUUGAAUAUUUCUGCAGGGUCUUUAGUCACUGUUGCAUACUCUUAAGUCCAGAGAGGAUUGGAAAUACCAGCCAGAAAUAAGCACUUAGUGAGAAGCACUGAGUAAAAAUGGGAUCACUAUCUCGAUCAGAAAGGGGUCUAUAAUUUCACAAAGCCGAAUGCAGGUUCAGAUUCUUCCCAAAGUCCUUCACUUCUCAUAAUACCAGACUCGAGUUCUACCAAAUCACAACAGGAUCAAACCCAUUUUAGAGCAACGAUGACUGGUGACCUUCAGCUGCACAUGGUUGUCAUGGUUAUAUCACAGCUGUUGACUCAUGAAAAGAGUCCUCUGCAAAUGUUUCCUGUUUCGCUUUUUUAUGUUAAUGUCAAAAUGUAACCGUCAGAUUUGUCUUUAAUGAAAAGCAACAGACUUUUAGGCAGAGUCACAAUUUAUACCAAAAAACUGGAACAAUCUGUGGAUUAAAAUUAUUAGAUUAUUAACUAAACCCAUCCUGAGUUUAAUCUGGAAAAUAAAGAUAUGAUGCUGUUGUUCUGGGACUUCUCAAAGGCUUUACUUUUUCGCUGAAAAGCGUUAAGAUAGUUUUUGAAACAGCCGUUAUGUUUCUGUUUCAGUGCGGUUUGGUACGACCAAACGUCUUACCCCACGUCGUGGCAGCUGGAUCCAACCGAGGGACCGAACCGAGAGCGCCGGCGGCUGCAGAGAUGCUACCUCACCAUCCCCAACAAAUACCUGCUGAAGGACAGGCGCAAGUCAGAAGGUAAAGAAACAAAAACUUGUCCUCUACUCUCAGAUACCUCACCUGUCUGCAUUUAUGAGGCGGUCCGGAUGCAAAUGUGUCCCGGGUCACGCUGAAGGACCGCCCACUCACCCAAUUUCAGAACGUUCAUCACAUUGAUUGACUGACCACUCCCUCCUCUGUCGUUCCUGUCUGACUGAAUACGUCUCUGCUGAGUCUCAUAAAUAUGUACCUCACCAAAGUCAUGACGAGCUCUCGCAGCCAUUUCAUCUGCAUUAUAAUGAGCUGUGCAAGAGUAAACAGCUCAUUUCAUGCUCUUCAUGCUUCGAUAAGGAGGAUUGCAUUUCACUCUUUAACAAUACAGAUGAUUUCCUAAAGACGGUGGGAGCAUGCAGGACUGAGAGUCAAUGCUGAAAAGCGCCCCGGCGUUUUUGGGUCUGGAGAAAGUUUGCUCUAACCCGAGGCCCGACAUUGUGUUAUGAUCUGCCAGUCAGCAGACAGUUUAUUUCAUAGACCUGAGCGUAUCCUUAAAGGACUGAGUGGAGGAGGCAGAGGAAAUUAAAGAGGCUUGAUAUGCAGAGGUUGAACAAUGAGGGUCUUUUUCUAUUACAGAAGGAUGUCGAGGGUUCAUAAGGAUAUCAGCGAUCUCAUUACUGGGAGAACUGGGCGUGUGUCAGAGUUCAUGAGGAGAAGAGAUGUCAGAUAAAGCGGUGGAGUCGAGAGAGAGAGAGAGUGGAUUAAGAUGAGGAGAAAUUAUAACAGUCGAAGCCAGGAGGGAAAACCGGAGUAGGUGGAGGUAGAGCGUACAGUCAAAUAAGAGAGGGGCGAGGUUUAGACUGAACAGGCUUUUCAUGGAAACGUGGAAAUGAGAGAUAACUGUCAAUGCCCUGCGCUGCCAUCUUGGAUUAUGACGUUGUCGUCAAGUCGGGGUUGGUGAGGAUCUUCCGACUUGAAUUUCCGUCUCGGAGCUGGAAAUCCCGACUUUGGAGUACAACUGGAACAUUGCAUAUGCUUUCUCCCUGAAGUGUCAUGGGUCUAACUUGAUGCUCUGUAACCCAGAUGAUAGGGCUGGGUGAUAUGGCCUCAAAUCAAUAUCACGAUAUAUUGAUCAGUUCACCUCAAUAACGAUAAACAGACGAUAACUACUCCACAAGCUGCUCACCCCCUCCCACAUUAACUUCGUCUUCUUCAGCCGCUCCAACUUUGGAACCGUCCUCCAUCUCCUCACCUGUCUUCCCCUCUCCCUCCAAAUAUACCGAUAUGGACAAAAUGACGUUGAUUAUUGUCCUAAAUUUUGGUAUCGAUACAUUUUCGGUUUAUCGUCCAGCCCUAGCAGAUGAAGCUCAGGCUCCUGCAGCUCAUCUCCUCUCCUCCUCAUGGACAGAAGCAUCGAUCUGGUCGAUUACCUGACUCAUCAGUAGAACAUAAACAUUAGGGGUUGUGAUGGGGUGGGUUUCUUAUCUUUUUCAUUAGAGCAGGAGUACUUUGUGUUUAUUGAAGCUUGUUAAAGCAGCUGUUCUUGUUUUUUUUUUAGACACGGCGAAGCCUGCGUUGUCCUUCCUGUUCGAAGAUAAGACUCACUCCUCCUUCUCCUCCACUGUCAAAGACAAAGCCACCAGCGAGCCCAUCAGGUAUUAUUUCCCUCUGUCUGUGUCUCUGCCUGCCUCUGGACUUUUAGCAAACAUCACACCCCUCUCAGGGCGCCCGUAGGAUCUAAAUUAAGCCCAUAAAUGUCCCAUCAGCUCGUGCCGCUGCGAAAAGUGUUCAUGCGUUAUUCAGGCCGUGUAUUUCUUGUUUGAGAAAUGUCUCUUUGUCCUCAGGUUCACCAGACGGUGCAUCAGCGUCGCCCCCUCCAGAGAGACGGCGGGGGAGCUGCUGCUGGGUAAGACGCUGACCGUCUCUCACAGCUGCUCCAUGCAUAAAACAGUCAGCGGGUCACAAGACACGCAGAGUAAUGGGUCCUCUCUCUGAGGCGCUAAAGAAACCUCUUCUCUCUUUAUAUUCAGCUCUGUGAUAGAAAAGCUUCGGUUUGUCAGAUUUCACUUUCCCCGUUCUGUCUCACAGGAAAGUCUGGGAUGUACUUCGUGGAGGAUAAUGCAGCUGUUGCCCACGACAACCAGGUAAAGAUGGAGGAAAACUAUGAUAUUUGUCACAUUAACGACAUAAACACCAAAUCGAUGUCAGGAUUAGAGCUCACAGAGCAGAUCUGAGCAGCAGAGAGUAGAGAUUCAGUCGCAAGAAAAUGAGAAGCUGGAGCAAAACUGAGACCUGACAGAGCCCUGAUGAAUUAAAAUCGGCCUUUAUUCACUCGUUAAGGCCGCCAUCUGGGUCAUAAUGAGGAGCCCAGGUCAAAGGAUUCAGAGUAUUUACAGUAAAAUGGAAAAUCUGGAUUAUCUGACCCUGUAGUCUGAGUCCAGCCCCAAUUAACUGUCCCCCUGUCGUGGAUUUUUGCAGCCACAGAGCCAGAGGACAGCUGAGGGUUAUUCUCUGUGUUUUAUGUGAUUCCACCCGCCGGCUCCUCCUGAACACCUGAUGUGUUUAUGUGUUUGGACAGAUCCUUCACGGGGAGACCGAGGCGCCCUCUUUCUCCUGGACAUACGAGGAGAUCAAGGAGGUGCACAAGCGCUGGUGGCAGCUCCGAGACAACGCCGUGGAGAUUUUCCUCACCAACGGCAGGACCCUGCUGUUAGCCUUCGACACCACCAAGGUGAGGAAGCGCACCGGUCGCCCGCUGUUAAAAAAGAAGAGAAACUCUGAGUGUAAAAGGCUCUAAAAUGACAUCCUUACAGCAGAGGCCCCGGGGUUAUAGCGACAAAGACCUGAAUCAGUGAUGAGACUACCCGGCUGAUUAGGAGGGGAAAAAUUCAGACUAUGUUUCAUUCAAGUAUUAAAACGGAUCCACUAAGACCAGACUGUGAAAGAAAUGACAAGGUGAAGGACUCCUCUGAUGUAAAAGAUGUAUGAACAGAUGGAACGGAGCAUCUAGAGAAGUAAAUUUGCUGUAAAAGUGAAGACUGGACAUUUCUUUUUGGUACUCUAACCCUCACAGUCACUCACAGUUCAUGUCCUCGUCCUCUGCAGGACGUUCGCCUUUAUAUUUGUGCUUACAGAGGUGAAACAGAACCAAACCUUUGUGACAUUAGAGGCGCUGUAAAGCAGCUAAAACUCCUGUUAUUAUCCACCCAGCCUCAUGUUUAAGUUCAUGUAUGGGGGUGCUGUUGGUGUUGUUCAUGCUGCUCGUGUUGUUUCAGUUUCGUGACGACGUCUUCCACAACAUCCUGACCUCCGACCUCCCCAACCUGCUGGAGCACGGGAACAUCACGGCGCUCACUCAGCUGUGGGGUUCCGGUCAGAUCUCCAACUUCGAGUACCUCACUCAUCUCAACAAGCACGCAGGGCGCUCCUUCAACGACCUCAUGCAGUACCCGGUGUUCCCCUUCAUCCUGAGAGAUUACAUCAGCGAGACACUCGACCUGCAGGAUCCCGGCAUCUACAGGUCAGUGCUCUGUCCUCUGUCCGAUAAAACUUUAAUACCGAGCACCGAUUGGCUGAUCCAGAUCAGAAGUGACCAGAGAACCGCAGGUAACCAUGGACUGAAGUGGUUGAAUGAAGCGUGGGGUUCCUGGUGUGUCAGUUGUGUGGUUUCUCUUGGAGUUAAAGUCGUCUGGAGUCUCUGAUUACCGGUAAAUAAUUAAAAAAAUUUGACCUCAGUGAUGCAGAAGUCCCGUUAAUUGUGCUGUGAUAACAGUCAGGUUUUUGUCAUUAACAACAUGUGGAGCCAUCGGUCAUGUGUGUAAUAUCAGGGUGUAAACUGUGAACAAGGACAGAUUACACCGUUUAUAAAACCCCUGAUUACUUUAGUUCCUCAGUUCUUCUCCUUCUCCGUCCUCCUCGACCCAGAUCAUUUCAUUUUCACCGAACAGAGAAACGGUCCUCUUAAAUCAGUCGUGAAUUUGCAGGGAGAGUGGAAAGAGGAAGUGGCCGAUCACUUACUCUGAUUGUGUCGUUACUUUGUGUAUUAAACGGGUUGUUUAUCUAAAUAGGGGGCAGAUUGUGUCCCUUCAGGAGUCAGGGAUACAUGUAUAUUUAUCUGUCACUCCCGUAAAUCAUUGUUAUCUUCACUCUAAUCACUGUGUGAGCUGAGCCUCCUCUUCCUCCUAAAGCUUUGUACAGGGUUAGAUUUAGAUUUAUGGUGCAUUUCAUUUACCUUGGUAGUCAGGAGUCAAAGCUGGGAAUGAUGUCACACCUGAGUUAUUUGUGUUAAUUACAAAGUUGGAAAAAAAGUUGCAAACGGCCAAAAACGGAAGCAGAAACAAGAUGGCUACAUCUACGAAGGUUAUUUCUGCGCUUGCCUUGUCCAAAUAUAACACGGUGGAUAAAGCGUAAACGCAAAGGCCUAUUUUUUCUCAUUACAGGAGCUUCUAUUUAGCUUUAAACUUGGGGGUUGUUCUGACUAUCUGAGUACGAAAUCCGACUUUGGGGGGCUGUACCAGUUGAAAGUUCCGACUUGCAUCCGGAUUUCCGAGUACAACUGGAACGCACCAUUAGUCUUAGCCUUUAGACCAAAAUACUUCCUGGUUUUGGUCACAUUUGAGUCAUUUUUGCUCUGUAGAGUUUAAGUUUAUAAAGGUCAGUCAUUUUAGUCUUUAAGUCAAACAUUUCCUGUCUGGAGCGCCGAUAGUUCAGCGGUCUAGGCGCCCUACGUACAGUGAGAGGAAAUGUCCGGGUUUUUACUUCACCAAUAAUAUUUUCUUCACGUUCACUCCAACAAAACAAGUUGUUUUGGCUUUGUCAUGUCAUAUUUAUCUUCCUCUCAUUUUUCCUGAGAUACUCUAGACUACAUUUCUGAAACAGCAAAGUGUUGGUGGUCUGUGUCUGAUCUUGUUUUUUUUUGUGUCUGUGCAGGAAUCUCAGCAAACCCAUCGCAGUGCAGUCAAAGGAGAAAGAGGAUCGAUACGUGGAUAACUACAGGGUGAGGCCCGCUGAACUCUCUGCCGUCUUUUUCUCUCAGAUGAAUCUUUUUAAGAAAACACGUCAACCUGUUUGUGUUUUUCCCCGCAGUACCUGGAGGAGGAGUAUAAGAAAGGGAUUCGAGAAGAUGACCCCAUGCCCCCGGUCCAGCCGUACCACUACGGCUCACAUUACUCCAACAGCGGUACUGUGCUCCACUUCCUGGUCAGGAUGCCCCCCUUCACCAAAAUGUUCCUCGCCUAUCAGGGUGAGUCCGGACAGAAACUCCUUCUUCUUCUACUUCUUUGUCUUUAACAGUUUGAGCAGCAACAUUCGAUAAGUUAUAAAAACAGUCAUCUCUGAAUCUCACCUGUGUGCAUCACUCUGAACAUGUUUGAUGCUGAAACGUCCUGAGCUCAGAUCUCGCUGUUGCGUCACGUUUGACCAUGAAAGGCUGUUUCCUCUUUCUACUUCCCUCUGAUCGACUCCUCGCCCUUCCUCUCCUCUCUCUUUCUUUUCGAUUCUUUCUCUCUCUGUCUCUCUCUCUCUCUCUCCUCUGAUCCUCCGAGCCGUCUCUUUUUAUGUGACGGUGAAUGUAUUCAGCGGGCGCGCUGUCUGAGGUCAUGAAAGGGGAUCUUUUCAAUCAGUGAGUCGAAUCAGUAAUUAGAUUGUCUUUGGACUUCAUCAGACCAGAGCUUUGAUAUCCCCGACCGGACGUUUCACUCCAUGAACACCACGUGGCGUCUGUCGUCCUACGAGUCCAUGACGGACGUGAAGGAGCUCAUCCCGGAGUUUUUCUACCUCCCAGAAUUCCUCGUCAACAGAGAAGGUAAUUACUCUCACCUUCUAACCGCUAAACUUUCAUUUAAUAUCAGGGCAGGGAUGUUGGAAGUAAACUGAUCAGAGUUUUGGUGAUCAAACUGGAACAAAAAAAGGAGGAAAAUAUUCUUUGAUUGUACCAGAUCACAUCGUCUAAAUUCAGGAUUCCAUCGAUUAAAAUGCAGAUCUCUAAAAAAAUAUGAACCUCAGUGGAAAGAGACACUUUUGGUCAAUUCUAGGAGACCGUUACCUCUAAAACACACCUGAAAAUUUCACCGUAACCCUGGAGUUUUUUCUUUUUUUAAGAACAAAUCGAAUCUGUCUGAAUCCAUCAGACGAGUUCAGUCCAAACUCCAGCGAUCAGGAGGAUAAAUAUGAUCAAAAUCAUGUGAGCAGUUUGUACCUUAAUACGAAUCCGGUGACUUAUUUCCUUUCUAAUCCUCCUCAAACUGAUAAUCAACUCUGUUCCACAGCAUCAUGGGUAAAACUUGGCCGUGUCCGGUUGUUUUGAUGUGUUAAAUCCACCCGGGCUUGAUUUAUGAAACCAUAACUGUCAGAUUGUAGAUAAAUUAGAUGUUAGGAGGUACAGUAUAUUCAGCCUUCAGAGCGAUAAAACUUUGAACAGCUUCUUUCCUCGUAAAUAAUCCAGGAAAUGUCGAUACCAAAAGAAGUGAUGUUUAAUUAACUAACAGUGUUUACAACAGAGUGACCCGCAGCGUGGGAGUGACAGUGACGGAGAGGAGGGUCGGACCAGAGAGACACAGUUACCUACAGCAAAUCUAAACGAUCAAAGAGGACCUGAAAGAUGUUUUAAGGAGAGAAAAUAUUAAAGAAAGCAUUUAACAUCUGACAGUUUGAAUAUUUAAGAGGUUAAAUUCUUGCCAGGAUGAAAAAAAGAAGUCUGCAGAGAUUCUCGCCCAGGUCAAAUAAUCCUGAAUUUAUCAAGCGUAGUCCAGUUUAGGUUUUCUGCUGCUUUUUCCAACCUGCUAAUUUUUAUUUUUCUUCCUUACAGGUUUUGAUUUCGGUGUUCGUCAGAAUGGCGAGAGGGUGAAUCACGUGAACCUGCCCCCAUGGGCGCGAAACGACCCCCGUCUGUUCAUCCUGAUCCACCGACAGGCGCUGGAGUCGGACCAGGUCUCCCAGACUCUGUGUCAGUGGAUCGACCUGGUGUUCGGACUGAAACAGAAAGGAAAAGCUGCCGUUCAGGCCAUCAACGUCUUUCACCCCGCGGUAAGAAGAUACAAACGUCACUGAGUUUUCUGACCAUCUUCAGAGAGGGCCUGAGUGUAGAUAAUCCAGAAGAUACUUCAGCUGUCGCCUCAUUACUGUUUCCUGUCUUUUCACGCAGACGUAUUUUGGCAUGGACGUGUCGGCCGUAGAAGACCCGGUGCAGCGCCGCGCUCUAGAGACGAUGAUAAAGACGUACGGACAGACGCCCCGGCAGCUCUUCAGCGCCUCUCACGUCAGCAGAGCCGGGCCCAAACUCAUGAUGGAGGGAGAGCUUCCAGCAGCCAUGGGCCUCCUGGUUCAGCUGGCCUUCAGAGAAACUCGAGAACAGUCGAAGGAAGUCGUCUGCCCGGUAAUCCUCUCUGUGCCUCCUGUCGGGCAGCGAGGAAGACUCAAAUAAAUUCAUCAUCCAUGAAAUGAUGAACUGCUCACCUGGUCAUUUUCUCCCCCACAGAGCCCACUGCCGUGGAUCAAAGGUCUGAAGUGGGGCGAGUACGUGGGCUCGCCUUCAUCUCCUGACCCGGUGGUGUGUUUCAGUCAGCCGCACGGUGAGAGGUUCGGAUCCCUGCUCGCUCUGCCGACACGAGCUAUCUGUGGACUGUCCCGCAAGUUCUGCCUCAUGAUGAUUUACAGCAAAGAGCAGGGUGAGAAAAAACCCGUGUUAAAAUCGGAUUUAAUUUAUAGAUAAAACAUGUUCAUCCUAAACCUGUAGAUACUGAGCAGCAUUACUGGGGGUCUGUUGGAUCUGAUCGUACAUGAGGGCUCUGUCAUAUUAAAUCAUUACGACGUGCUCUUUUCCCCGCAGGAGUUCGGAGCAUGCACAGCACUGAUAUCCAGUGGUCGGCCAUCUUGAGUUGGGGUUACGCCGACAACAUCCUGAGGCUGAAGAGCAAACAGAGCGAGCCGCCAAUCAACUUCAUCCAGUGUUCCCAGCUUCACCAGGUGAACGAACCGAGAAACGUUCACAUCACGAGUCUUAGUUUGGAUACAGACUUUUAAAGAUGACUCAAUAUGAUGGUGUAAUACAUACUUUAUCCACAGGGGGCGCCAAAUCUACACUUACUGAAAGAUCUUUACAGCUGCUUUAAAAUAAUUAUUGUAAAUCUGUUUUUUUGCAGAGACAAAAUCCUGAAGUAUAAAAAUGUUGCUUUGUCUUAAAUAAAGAUGCUCCCCUAUUUAGUUCCUGUUAUCAGCCUGAAUCCGGUCCUCUGCUGGGAUCCGGUAACCCUGUUUUUCUGAAGCCAUGUUAUCCUGAUGCUGCUCACACUUUCUGAACAUAGAGGUUUGCUCUUGAUUAAAAACAGAAUUAGAUAACCUCUAAGAUGAUCUCUAAUCAAUCCUAUCUAGUCCCACUUUUCUCUUUAAGGACCACCUGAUUUCAUGAUCCACUCCAGCGGCUUUAAUCCAGUCAGAUUUCAUAACUUGGUCCUGGUUGUCAAAGGAAUUCCUGGUCUCCAUGUUGUGUCAUUCCUCUCACUUCCCCCGUCCAAUCAUCUCUCUCUCUCUCUCUCUCUCUCUCUCUCUCUCUCCUCCAGGUGACCAGCUGUGCCUGGGUGCCCGAUGGCUGCCAGCUAUUUACGGGCAGCAAGUGUGGAGUCAUUACCGCCUACAGCAACCGCUUCACCAGCACUACGGUGGGUUUCCAUGGCUACGUCCCCCCCCCUCUAACCUACCGCCUCCACAUCAACAACCACCCACCUCCCCUCACCCUCUCCCCUUCCCCCUCCCUCCCUCCCGCUGUAGACGGCCUCACCGCGCUCACACGCUCGGCUUCAUUAGUCACAUCACAGUCGUCCUUGAAACACAUUUGCAGCAAAACUACAAGAGAGAUUAGAGGAGCUGUGUCAACACCGAGGCAACAGACAGAUCUCUGGUUUUUCCUCUUUUCUCUCUGUUAUGCUGUCGAGAAAAUCCUGGUAAAAGGAAAAUGCAGCUUUUCAGGACUGGAGCUCUCUAACUUUUUCAGUUUCUGCUUUCAGACGUAGUUAAACUUAUAGUUUUAUUCAUUUAGGAGUUCAAGAGUUUACAAAGAAAAAGACUCUCUUUAGUUGUCUCAUCAAUAAAAUCACAAAUUUUAUGUAAUUUUACUCAUAGAUGAGUGUCUGAGAAACAUUGUUUAAUUUCAGUUGCAGCUGUGAUGGUUGCAGGUUUAAAAAAGUCUUUUUUACCUGAGUGCCGUGAAAAUAUCAGAGUUUAGCCUCAAAUUCAAAAUUCUAUUUCAACUUUAUUUGUAUGGCACUUUUCAGACAAAAAGAUGCAGUUCAAACAACAAUUAAACGACAAUAAAACCUGACCCUCCCACCCACACACCCACCCGUGGACACAGACACACACCCACCCUCACUCACCCACACAUACACACACGCACAAGCGCACACAGAGUGAGAAUUUAGGAUAUAUUGUUAAAGAGACAUGGCCUGACAACGAGAUAUUACGAGAGGAAAGAGCUAUCAGGAGAUAAAGAUGAAAAUGGUUAAAAGAAAUGAACAGAUAAGUAAAGAGCUCUUUACCAUGUAAAAAGGGUAAAAGAAGUAAAAACCUCUAUGACGGGAAUUAAGAAAAAUACCAAGAACAGAAAUAAUUAGUAAAAUGACAUAAAAAAAACUUUAAAAACUUUGAUUGAAAUGAACAUUUGCAAUAACAGAAAUAUAAAAAGGCAACCGGUGAAAAGCCUGGUUAAAAAAAAAUAUUAUUACGAUAAUUUUGGUGCAAAAAAUUCACAAUUCACAGCCGUAUUUUUGAAAAACCUUAAAAUACCAACACUCUCCAUCAAAGAUGUAGCUCGCUGCUUCUUCAUUCCUCUUUCUCGUCGCCAUUUUGUUUGUUUCAACGUGACUUUUGCAUGUGCGGAGCGCUCUGUGCUCUUAAAUGAUUAUGCAGAAGGUUUAACAGACAGAGGUUUGGAAACAGGACUCAGUGGAGCGCUGAUCUUAAGGGAUUAAAGGCAGAAAUCAAACCUGAUACUUGGUCACCUGUAUGUGGUCUCUAACGUGUGUUCGUGUUUUCACAGCCGUCAGAGAUGGAGGUCGAGUCUCAGGUCCACCUGUACGGACACACAGACGAAGUCACCAGCCUGUUUGUCUGCAAACCGUACAGCAUCAUCAUCAGCUCCAGCAAAGACGGCACCUGCAUCCUCUGGGACCUCAACAGGUCAGCGUGUGUGUGUGUGUGUGUGUGUGUGUGUGUGUGUGUGUGUGUGUGUGUGUGUGUGUGUGUGUGUGUGUGUGUGUGUGUGUGUGUGUGUGUGAUUAUUCAAACUGAAGGUCUUUGUGUGUGUGUGUGAUCACGCUCUCUGUGUCUUCAGGCUCUGUUAUGUACAAAGCCUCACAGGACACAAAAGCCCCGUGACCGCCGUGUCCGCCAGCGAAACUACAGGUGACAUCGCCACCAUCUGCGACUCAGGUGAGUAAGACUUUUCUCUGAAUCAUAUCGCCGCUUGUUUUUGAAUCCUGAUGUGACACGUGCUUUUCUUUGCGCUCAGUGGGCGGAGGCAGCGACCUGCGGCUGUGGACAGUAAACGGCGACCUCAUCGGACACGUUCACUGCAGGGAGAUUAUCUGCUCGGUGGCGUUCUCCAACCAGCCCGAGGGCGUUUCUGUCAACGUCAUCGCCGGCGGGCUGGAGAACGGCGUUGUCAGGUGAGUCAGUGAAAGUUCAGAGAGGUCUUCUCCAUCAUAACGUCUAAUCACAUUUGGCGGUGGAAAUGGAAACAGUUUCCUGGAACCCGGCGCAGGCGUCAUCCCUGGAAACUAAUUUUGGAGGAAGCGUAACUUGAAUUGUUGGCAUAUUUUAUUAGAAACGUUUUAAAGCUCGAGGCGUCAUAUUAAAAGGAAAUCUCAUCAUCAAACGUUUUAUACAUUUCUCGUCUGUAAGUCCAAUUAUUCGGCUCCUGUGCGUGAAUUGUCAUUUUUCCUUCCGGUGCGUAUUCCUUUUCACGAUGGCAGGUCCUAUUAAAAGUCACACUCAGGGGCGAAGGGUAUACCCGGCAGUAAAACACGAAAUGAGCUCGAUUGUGGCGAGUCUGGUGAGGCGUGUGGCUGUCCUCUGUGAGAUUAGGAGAAGGCUCCGUCAUUUCUCUGUCAGAGUUUCAGUCUGUUUUUGGGACAAAAAGAAGAGAAGAGUCUCAUCUGACUCUAUAGAGGUGGAGAAUGGCUUUGUUUACAUUUAGAAAGAGCGGGCCGCUCAAAAAAUGUUUAAGUGUUGACUACACAGACAUGACAAGACACAGCGAUAUCGUUAUAUUCCCAAAUGUCAUCGAUUACAAACAGCUGUCGACUGAUAUUAAAAGCUUUUUUGUAAAUACACCACAAAAUAAAGAUGCUUCUUUAUCGGAAUCCUGCCUACCCCACCUUUAAGUCUAAUCAAAAUGGCGGCAGAGUUACUUUUUCUGUCAUAAUUUGAAGUAAUUUUAUGACAGUUGUAGUUUACCUUACCUUUACAUCCUCUGUGUUCAGUAGGGUCUUCAUGAUGCACUCAGCCAACUCCCCUCUACUUUUAACCGGGUAACGUGUCUGUUUCACUUCGUACACAAGAACAAACAGAGAUCAGAGUCUGGAUCAUUCGCUCCCGCGGGUCCUAAAACAGUGACAAGGCUGCGCGCAGACUAACUUUAUCUCCCAAACUUAAGACAGACACCAGUUUUAAUGAGAUUUUGGAUCGCUUCCAGCGUACUGUCAGAUGAAAAACGUGUCACAGUAGAUCUGUGACCGGUGAGCUCGCGACUCACGACUUCCUUUUGGCAGCGAAGGCUGACAUUUGAUUUGAGGUGCGUUCAACGACACUUCAUUUUAAUGAACAGGCUGUGGAAACACGCUAAAGAAACACCCAUCUCUUUGUUCACACAGAACGCUGAUCCUCCUCCAACUUUUACUGCCAGAGCGGCGUUCCCUCGCGCUCCCCCAUAUAUCAACUGUGUUUUCAAACAGACCAGAAGUUUUACCAACGUGUCUUUGCUGUAAAUAACUGACAGUCAGAACAGUUUUUUACCUCCGCCAAGGAGGUUAUGUUUUCGGUAGCAUUGGUUUGUUUGUUUGUCUGUGACCAACUUUACGGAGAAAGUUACAGACGGAUUGACCUGAAAUUUUCACCAGAGGUGCGUCUCAGCCCCAGGAGGAUCCCAUUACAUUUUGGUGGUGAUCCGGACAAAAUUCUGGAUACUGUGAUCCAGAACACACAAAAAUAAGGGUGUCGCUGGAUCUUUCACAGUGGUGUAGUGGUUAGCACUGUCGCUUCACAGCCAGAAGGUCCUGGGUUUGAAUCCAGGUCAGGGCAUUUCUUGUUUUAGGAACAUUAUGAACAGUGAACAUACCAGUUUAAACACAAAUAAACGUUCAUAAAAGACACGUAACAGUAAAAGUCUUGGUGUGAAUCACAAUAUAAGGGGGACAUGAGCUGCUUGGCGGAGGUCUGCGCUCUCCGAGUGCUUUUCUAGUUAAAAAAUGAGUUCAAUAACCUAUUUAGAUGUUUCUCUGUCCUGGAGGAUACUCUGAUAUUUCAUAAGAGAUAGCCUGUUGACUGGUCACGCACUCCAGACCUUGAAAAACAGUUUAAUGAAGUGUUUUAGCAUGAGUUUGAUGAUAGUAGUAAACCUUUAUUUUCUCUGUGAAUGUCUGAUGAGACUCGCAGCUUUGAUGUCCUGAAAGCAUUUAAACUAUUUCAAGCCAAAUUUCCAAGACUUUGAUAAUGUGUAUUUAUUUCCUCCUUUUCUUACCCCGAAUUAUUAACGCUGAAAUCUGAACUACUUUCAGGUUGUGGAGCACCUGGGAUUUAAAACCGGUGAGGGAGAUCACCUUCUCCAAGUCCAGCAAACCCAUCAUCAGGUACCUCAACAUUUCCACCAUUUUAACUUUAACACUUAGAACUCGCCGGCAAUCCUACUAACACCAUUAUUAUUGUUUACAUUUUUACUGUGUAUCUCUAUGGGAUAAAAAGUGUUCAAAAGUUUACCCUUUUGGCGAUCUAUCAAGGGUUUCCAGACAUUUCUACACCUGCCACACGGUUUACAAUCCAGCCACAAAAAUAGGUGUUUGAUCAGAGACGUUUGAUGGUGAUAAACCGGUGAAAACAAGAUCAUUUAUCAUAUUGUUGUGAUUAAAGAUUGCUAUCACUAAAUGCCGCUAAUGUCUUCCAGGUUAAACAAGCUGUUUUGAUGAAGUCUCUUUCUGUCAAACUUUCGACCAAUUACAUGGUCUCGUAUCCUUCUUCUAUUGUUCCCUUGACGGUAGUGUCCAACAAGAGGCAACCAAAGAUCAACAAGAGACAAGAAAGUUCCCUGCUUGUCUGCAAAAUAAGAAAUAAUGAUUCCCAAUGUUUGGAAACAAGCAGAGAAGAGAUUCUGAGCAGUAUGAUGUGGUCCUAUGUCUUAUCCCAGACAGGAACUGCUUCAAGGAGUGGCAGAAACAAAAGCAAAAUGAAGCUGGGUGCCCUGGAGCCCUAACUCUUUGUUUGACUUUUGUGAUGGAUUCUGAUGGUUCUCCUUUCCCUCCCCAGCCUGACGUACUCAUGUGACGGUCACCACCUCUACACGGCAAACAGCGAGGGCACGGUGAUGGCGUGGUGUCGGCGGGACCAGCAGCGUAUGAAGCUGCCCAUGUUUUACUCGUUUCUGAGCAGCUACGCCGCGGGCUGA